GAAGUUCCAGUGUCCAGGUCGAAGAGAACAUUGGACCAGUCUAAAACCAGCUGCCUACUCCAUCUCCAUGCUGACCACUUCUACUACAGGAAGUUCAAGAGUGUCGAGGCUGUUGUGGCUCAGGUGAUUGGCCGUAAGAAAUGUGAACCAAAAAAAAGGCCAAAUAGAUGGUCUGUAUGAUGUUGGACGCCUUUUUAAAAAUAUUUUUAGGAUUAUCCAUGUCUAUGGGUAUGUAAGGGGCCUUCUUGUGCCUGUCCUUUCAGACCAGUGGCCAAAUACUACGUUUGUACUCCAAAUUUCCAUUUACGGAAUGGAGAGUUUUAUUGUAUUGUAUUGAUAACCAACCUCCGUGCCAUUUGUGAGUUCCUUCGAUGGGAAGGGUCGGGCCCAGGGUGUCUGCCAAAACUGACCUGUUCUAUGUUUCAGGACCCAGAGAACAUGCAGUACGUUUGAAACCAUAGCAUGCUAGAUGCGGUCAUUAUGUAACAAUGGUAUGCCAGAGAUAAGGCAUCAGGAUUUCCCUCAGUUCCCACAGUAAUCCCGUCUGCUCUAUUUACUAACUUUGUUCUCGGAAGUCGCAUCCAGAACUGGAGGUACUACUGAAUAUUGGACAAAUCUGGACAAAAGUUCACUGACUUGUUUUGGGUCAUUUUCUCUUGCCGUUUCGUAAUUUGUGUUAACCAUUGUCAAGCAUUUUUUAUUGUCUAUCAGAACUCCUUAUCAGGAUGUUAUUAUAUUUUUAAAAUGUCACUUAUUGCUCUGAAUUGUUCUAAUUCGAUAACUUUGUAUUUGUAUUUGUAUUUAUUAGGGAUCCCCAUUAGCUGCUGCCAAGGCAGCAGCUACUCUUCCUGGGGUCCAAACAUAUUAAAGCACUUACAUUACAUAUAAAACAAAAUAUAAAACAGUACAUCAUAUGACAUUAUUACACCACUACCUAUCUACAAUACAAUAUGUUUAAUACCACCAUACAACAAUAUCACAAUGUGUGCGUAUGCAUGUGUCUAUACUCUUGUGUGUGUCUCUUCACAGUCCCCGUUGUUCCAUAAGGUGUAUUUUUACCUGUUUUUUAAAAUCUGAUUCUACUGCUUGCAUCAGUUACCUGAUGUGGAAUAGAGUUCCAUGUAGUCAUGGCUCUAAUAGUACUGUGCGCCUCCCAUAGUCUGUUCUGGACUUGGGGACUGUGGAGAGACCUCUGGUGGCAUGUCUUGUGGGGUAUGCAUGGGUGUCCGAGCUGUAUGCCAGUAUUCCAAACAGACAGCUCGGUACAUUCAGCUUGUCAACACCUCUUACAAAAACAAGCAGUGAUGAAAUCAAUCUCUCUUCCACUCUGAGCCAGGAGAGACUGACAUGCAUGUCAUUCAUGUUAGCUCUCUGUGUACUUUUAAGGGCCAGCCGUGCUGCCCUGUUCUGAGACAAUUGUAAUUUUCCCAAGUCCCUUUUUGUGGCACCUGACCACACUACUGAACAGUAGUCUAGGUGCGACAAAACUAGGGCCUGUAGGACCUGCCUUGUUGAUAGUGUUUUUAAGAAGGCAGAGCAGCGCUUAAUUAUGGACAUACCUCUCCCCAUCUUAGCUACUGUUGUAUCAACAUGCUUUGACCAUGACAGUCUACAGUCCAGGGUUACUCCAAGCAGUUUAGUCACCUCAACUUGCUCAAUUUCCACAUUAUUCAUUAUGAGAUGUAGUAGGGUUUAGUGAAUGAUUUGACCCAAAUACAAUGCUUUUAGUUUUGGAAAUAUUCAGGACUAACUUAUUCCUUGCCACCCAUUCCGAAACUAACUGCAACUCUUUGUUAAGUGUUGCAGUUAUUUCAGUUGCUGUAGUAGCUGACGUGUAUAGUGUUGAGUCAUCCGCAUACAUAGACACACUGGCUUUACUCAAAGCCAGUGGCAUGUCGUUAGUAAAGAUGGAAAAAAGCAUAAGACUCUGACUAUACUUUAACCAGAAUAAGACUCUGACUAUACUUUAAUUUAAUUUAUAAGGAAAUACAAACUAACCACAGUACUUAAGUGGUAGCCUUUCUUCAAAUGUAUGUACAACGUACAGUGCAUUCGGAAUGUAUUCAGACCCCUUGACUUUUUCUACAUUUUGUUACAUUACAGCCUUAUUCUAAAAUGGAUUAAAUUGAGUUUUUUCGUCAUUAAUCUAUACACAAUACCCCAUAAUGACAAAGCAAAAACAGUUUUUUUGUAAAUUUUUGCAGAAAAAAAAAACACAUGACAUUUACAUAAGUAUUCAGACCCUUUACGCAGUAGUUUGUUGAAGCACCUUUGACAGUGAUUACAGCCUCGAGUCUUCUUGGGUAUGACGCUACAAGUUUGGCACACCUGUAUUUGGGGAGUUUCUCCCAUUAUUUUCUGCAGAUCCUCUCAAACUCUGUCAGGUUGGAUGGGGAGCAUCGUUGCACAGCUAUUUUCAGGUCUCUUCAGAGAUGUUAGAUCGGGUUCAAGUACGGACUUUGGCUGGGCCACUCAAGGACAUUCAGAGACUUGUCCCAAAGCCACUCCUGCGUUGUCUUGGCUGUGUGCUUAGGGUCAUUGUCCUGUUGGAAGGUUAACCUUGGCCCCAGUCUAAGGUCCUGAGCACUCUGGAGAAGGUUUUCAUCAAGGAUCUCUCUGUACUUUGCUCCGUUCAUCUUUCCCUCAAACCUGACUAGUCUCCCAGUCCCUGCCACCACCAUGCUUCACCGUAGGGAUGGUGCCAGGUUUCCUCCAGACAUGAUGCUUGGCAUUCAGGCCAAAGAGUUCAAUCUUGUUUUCAUUAGACCAGAGAAUCUUGUUUCUCAUGGUCUGAGAGUCUUUAGGUGCCUUUUGGCAAACUCCAAGCGGGCUGUCAUGUGCCUUUUACUGAGGAGUGGUUUCCGUCUGGCCACUCUACUCUAAAGGCCUGAUUGGUGGGGUGUUGCAGAGAUGGUUGUCCUUCUGGAAGGUUCUCCCAUCUCCACAGAGGAACUCUAAAGCUCUGUCAGAGUGACCAUCGGGUUCUUGGUCACCUCCCUGACCAAGGCCCUUCUCCCCCGAAUGCUCAGUUUGGCCAGGCGGCCAGCUCUAGGAAGAGUCUUGGUGGUUCCAAACUUCUUCCAUUUAAGAAUGAUGUAGGCCACUGUGUUCUUGGGGACCUUCAAUGCUGCAGACAUUUUUUGGUACCCUUCCCCAGAUCUGUGCCUCGACACAAUCCUGUCUCAGAGCUCUACGGAUAAUUCCUUCGACUUCAUGGCUUGGUUUUUGCUCUGACAUGCAUUGUCAACUGUGGGACCUUAUAUAGACAGGUGUGUGCCUUUACAAAUCAUGUCCAAUCAAUUGAGUUUACCACAGGUGGACUCCAAUCAAGUUGUAGAAACAUCUCAAGGAUGAUCAAUGGAAACAGGGAGCUCAAUUUCGAGUCUCAUAGCAAAGGGUCUGAAUACUUAUGUAAAUAAGGUAUUUCUGUUUUAAAUUAAAUUACAUUUGCAAAAAUUUCUAAAAACCUGUUUUCGCUUUGUCAUUAUGGGGUAUUGUGUGUAGAUUGAUGAGGAAUUUUUUUAUUUAAUCAAUUUUUGAAUAAGGCUAUAACGUAACAACAUUUUGAAAAAGUCAAGGGGUCUGAAUACUUUCCGAAUGCACUGUAUGUAUACAGUUUUUUUGUUGGUACAUUAGGAGAGGAGUCGGAACUAAAAAUCCCUAAAAAGGCAUAGCGCCUCAAGUACAAAGACGUACUUUGCUUUAUGUAUUUUUUUUGUGUGUGUGUUUUUUGUUAAACGUCUGCUCAUCCCACAUGCCCACACACUCUUUAUAUAUGUAAUGUAUACAAUACCUAUGUAUUUAUACUAUGAUCCUCCUAUUCUAUGGAAUGCCCACCGCCCUCAUAUGUCAUGUUUGCUAAAAUGUUUUACCUGGUUCUUCAAUGAUAGACGGAACAGUUAAGGUUAACUUUAAUCUAUACCAACAAAAUCCUAUUUAUCACAUGGAAAGUACUCGGGCUCCAUGAUGGGGAAAAAAGCAUAUGGUUCUCGAACGCUUAAAGAGAUUGUCAGCAGAUGUGGUUUUCUUGCAAGAGUUACAUUUUAAAAAAAUGAGAAAUUGAACAUUUAAAGAGGAGCUGGGUUGGAGAGGCCUAUGCUGCCACCUACUGUAGUAACAGCAGAGAUGUAGGCAUCCUGAUAAAUACGCAUACACAAUUUUCCCUAAUUUCCCAGCACAUGGACCAAGAAGGCUGUUUUCUAAUGUUGAAUUGUACCUUACAUGGUGAAAAAUACACACUGAUUUCAUUGUAUAUCCCACCAGGGGCUUUAAUAUUAUUCGAUAAAAUCCAGACAGGAACUAUUAUUUUAGCAGGUGACCUAAAUUAUACAUUUGAUAAGAUUGACAGAUUUAAGUAAUAAAAAAAGGCACAUUUAGGGAGCCUCCAAAGAGGCAGAAAAAUGUCAUCUCUACAAAUGAUUUACAGGACAUUAAAUACGAAAAAAUAAAAACCCUUACCAUCACAAAUUUAGACAUAGAGGACAGAGAAAAUCGAUAUAUAAUAUAAUUUGGGGAUGCCAUUAAGGCGUACAUUAGGGGGAUGAUAAUCUCAUACUCUGUAAAAGUGAAAUCUGAUUUAGAAAUGAAAAUUAAAGGAAAAAAAUCAUUAUUUUAGAAAAAGCCCAUAAAGAAUCUUUACAUGGUAAAGAAGAAAAUAUAUUUUGGAACUUAAGCAGGAAUAUGAUCUUUUACUUUUGAAGAAAGCCAACAACUACAGGUUAAACUCAGAGCAUACUACUUAUUUGCAAAUAAACCUGCUAAACAUCUCACAGCUCUCACAAAAUGAAAACAUGCUAAACCAGUUAUAAUUUUAAAAGAUAAAAGAUACAAAAGCGUUAAUUAGAAACAACAACGCGAUUAAUGACAAAAGCUUCUAUUAAAAUAUAUAUACAGUACCAGUCAAAAGUUUGGACACACCUACUCAUUCAAGGGUAUUCUUUAUUUUUACUAUUUUCUACAUUGUAGAAUAAUAGUGAAGACAUCAAAACUAUGAAAUAAUACAUAUUGAAUCAUGUAGUAACCAAAAAAGUGUUAAACAAAUCAAAAUAUAUUUUAUAUUUGAGAUUCUUCAAAGUAGCCUCCUUAGACUCAACAACUCUGAUGCAAUUAUCAGCAGAAAAAUAAUUAUCACUAAAAACAGAGAUCACCCAAGAAUAAAUAUUAGAUACUGUUAAAACAUUUGCACGGAGAAAGCACCAGGAAUGGAUGGCUUUCCCAUUGAAUUCUAUUCAACAUUUUGGGACAAAAUAGCCCCCUUAUUUACACAAAUGACAACACACGUCACUCAAUUCAGUGCUUCCUAGUUCCAUGUAUCAAACAGUUAUUUAAGUUAUAUUAAAACCAGGAAAAUCUGGAGAGUUCCCUGCUGAUUAUAGACCCAUAACUUUAAUAAAUUGUGACAAUAAAAUAAUAACAAAGCUUAAUGGCAAUAAAAUGACAAAGGUCUGACCAGACUUGAUACAUAUCAAUCAAACAGGGUUUAUUAAAAAUAGAGACUUGUAAACAAAUACAAUAACACUUUUCAAAUUAAUACAAUACGCAAAAAAACUAGAUAAUUAUGAAUAUUUAUCAAUAAUGUCUGUUGAUGCCAAAAAGGCUUUCGACUGUCUUGAAUGGACUUUUCUAUUGAAACAUUUUGAAUCUUUCAACUUUCCAGCUGAAAUAAUACAUUUAAUAAAAAAUGUGUGUAAAUGUUCUGAAGCAAAAAUAUAUACAAAUAAUACAUUAUCUGAUGAAAUUGCUUUAGAAAGAGGCACAAGACAGGGAUGUACCCUCUCCCCCCUCCUGUUUGCACUGGCAAUUGAACCGCUUGCAGAAAGAAUUAGACAGGACCCAAGUAACAGCUAUCAGUAUUGGCAAACGUUAAUAUACAGUAUGUCUGCAUGUUUAAAAACAUGGCGUAUGGGGGUGUAGUGAGAUACCUGAUGGGUUGGACGAUUUACAUUUUAGCAGACAAUCUUAUCCAGAGCAACUUACAGUUAGCACAUACUGGCCCCCCGUGGGAAUCGAAUCCACAACCCUGGCGUUGCAAGUGCCAUGCUCUACCAACUGAGCUACAGGAGGGCCUGGAGAUUACAGGAGAUGCUCUUCUCAUCACUCAUCUGUAUCAUCACUCAAAAUGUAUACUACAAACGUGGAAAUCAAUCAAUCCGCCAUCAUUAACACAAUGGAAAAAUCGAAUGAUUUAUUAUUGAAAUAUUGAAAGUGCAUGGGCUACGGAGAGAAACAUAAUGGUGCAGUUUCAGGCCAUGUGGCAAACAAUAAUACAGGCACUAGGGAUGGAGGUGUGAGCAUGUGGGUCUGGCCAGAGGAGAUGUAGUUGUUGUUUAUGUGUGGCUGUAGGUUGUUGUUCAUAUGUGUAUGUUUGUAGCCUAGUUGGUGUAAAAAAAGUAUUAUGAAAAAAAAGCCAACAACUAAAAUUAGACCCUCAAUAUUUAUUGAAAGGAGCAUCAAGCUCAUCACCGUGCACUUUCACCACCCUGUGAUGUUCAUCAUAAUUGAUUUGAUCUGUAGCCUAAGAAACUGUGUCAUUAAAUGUUUUAUCGACAUGUACUUUACUCGCAUAAAAAGGUUUUAUGGUCACCUGUUUAAUGUCAAGCCAUUUUGAGGAUGCUGACAUUUCUGAGGGAUACCGCACUGUACAUAUCUGAUGUUAGAGAAGCUUCCAUUGAAAUACACUCUCUGUGUUCUAUUGGAUAAAUAACUUUCCAACCAUGUGAUGGCAAGUGAGUUUCUUUAAUAACAAUUUAUGAUCAAUAACGUCGAAAAGUUAGAAUAGUAAAUGUUAGCGCACGGUAAAGCGUAGUGCAUAAGGGAAGUACCAAAACACCUUGAUAUAUGGGAGGUGCAUGCAAGCAUAUGAGGAAAUUUGGCUAGGAUGGAAGAAAUUAUAUCGUAAGACCUGCAAAAGGGCUAAUGUAAACCAGAGAAAAAACGCACUACCCUCCCGUCUCCAAUAAAAAAAACACACAACCCUCCCCAAAGCAAAAACAAAAUUUAGACAAUCCUCCCCUAUGUUGGAUCACCCCACCAUGAUUGGUAAGUUAGCCUAGCCAGUUAUCUAAACUUGUGGUAAUCAUGUCCGAAUACUGACCGGGCAUGCAGGGCAGGUGACCAGGGGCUGGUGCCCCCAUUGAUUCUGUUAGUCACUCUCAAUCAAAUAUCAUUAACAUGGCAUAAGUCAUGGGAAAAUGUGUAUAAUUGCAGGAAAUUAUCUUUAAAACUGCAAAUGUUUCUCUCCACCCCAUGGCAAAAUGGGUAGAAUUUCAGGAAAUUUGCACACAAAAAAAAAUGGGGCGGCAGGUAGCUUAGUGGUUAAAAGCGUUGUGCCAGUAACCGAAAGGUCGCUGGUUCUAAUCCCCGAGCCGACUAGGUGAAACAUCUGUCGAUGUGCCCUUGAGCAAGGCACUUAACCCUAAUUGCUCCUGUAAGUCGCUCUGGAUAAGAGCGUCUGCUAAAUGAAUGAAAAAAAAAUUAAGUGUUAUAAAAUUGCUAAAAUGUAUCUCCGCCCCAUGGCAAAAUGUGUAGAACUGAAGAAAACUUGCUUUAAAACUGCAAAACAAUAUCUCUUCCCCAUGGCAAAAUCAGUAGAACUGCAUGGAAUGUGUUAUAAAAUUCUCUCUCCGCCCCAUGGCAAAAUGAGCAGAACUGCAGAGAACGUGCUUUAAAACUGCAACAUUUCUAUAGGCUAUGCUAUUCAAUUGUGUAAGAAAACAGAGUUUUGAUGGCCUCUAUGAAAAAGAGGAGGAUCCCCUCAGCUUUCUAUAGGCUAGGCCUACUAUAUUUAUUCAUAAACUUUCUUAAUAUUAACCACAUUGCUUCGCUUUACAACUGGAGUAGCCUACCUGGCUGGCAUGAAAAUUAACUGCGGGUAAAGCGUCCUCCAUUCGCUAUUCAAGUGCAUAUGGAUGACAUGUCUUUCUUGCUUCUGCCCCUGUUCCGACAGGUGCAUGAUAAUGGCCCAUUCCAAAUCAAAACUAAUUUCACACAUAUAUUAUUUAGUAUAUAUAAAGACAAGAUUAAAUUGAGAAUAGUCUUAUGGGUGAGAAUAUUAUCAGGUGCUUGUCAAAUUGAGAAUGAGAGACUGAUGAAGUGUGUGCAGCCUGUGCAAGAAACAGAGCAUCAAAUCAUCAUGAGGAGUCGCAUCAUGCAGCCUUAGAAUGUAUUAGAGAUCAAAACAUAUAGUCUAAGGUUUGUAUCACAACUAAAGUUGCAAAAAAUCACUCUAAAUUAAGCACAUAGGAGGACCUGUUUCAUCACUUUGUUAACCUUUGUUAACCGCUCAACACAGAAUAGCUGCAUGUGCGCACUCCCUCAGAAACUGUAUAAUAUAAAAUAUUGCCACGGGAUUAUAAUCAAAUCUUGUCUGCUAAAUGGGUAAGUGUAGCCCACAGCAAUAUGGCAUAGCCAGAUCAGGGCCUAACUGUCACACCCUGGCCUUAGUUAUCUUUGUUUUCAUUAAUAUUUUAGUUAGGUCAGGGUGUGACAUGGUGAAGUAUGUGUUUUGGUUUGUCUAGGGGUUUGUAGGUUUAUGGGGUAAUGUCUUGUCUAGGUGUUUGUAUGUUGAUGGCUGCCUAGAUUGGUUCUCAAUUGGAGACAGCUGUGGUUUAUUGUCUCUAAUUGGGAGCCAUAUUUAAGGCAGCAAUGGGCAUCAUGUGUUUGUGGGUAAUUGUCUAUGUUGAACGUUUGUUGCUUGUCGGUGCACUUACGUUAUUUAGCUUCACGGUCGUUUGUUGUUUUGUAGUUUUGGAUAGUUGUUCGGUUUCGUGUUUUGCUCUCUUCCUAAAUAAAGAGAUGUAUUUUGCACACGCUGCGCCUUGGUCCUCCUCUAUGCUUGACGAUCGUGACAGAAAAACCCACCAAAAAAGGACCAAGCAGCGUGUCCAGGAGCAAGGAGACUGGACAUGGGAGGAAGCGCCGGGUAAGGAGAUCGAGAGGCUGGCGAUGGCCCAGGUGGGCAAAUCGUGGUCCUGGGAGGACAUGCUCGGGGGCAAGGGACCUUGGGGGAGGAUCAAGGCCCUGGCGAGAGAGGAGCAACGGCGUCAGCAGGGCCAUCGUCGGAGGGACGAGAGGCAACCCCAAAAAGUUUUUGGGGGGGGGCACAUGGCUUGGGCGGCUGGGCAGCAGGAGGCUGCCACAGGGAGACGUGGAGAGAAGGCUACCGGUUUACGGGAGCCAUUGGCGAGUAGAGGGAGGGAAGCAGUUGAGGCACGGCGUAAGAGACUGAGGUGUGUUACCAGUCCGGUCCGGCCCGUUCCUGAUCCCCGGUUAAGGCCAGUGGUGUGUGUUCCCAGUACGGACCGGCCUGUUCCUACUCCACGCAUCAAGCCCACGGUGUGCGUCGCCAGUCCAGCCCGGCCGGUUCCUGCUCCACGUACUAAGCCUACGGUGUACGUGGCCAGCCCAGCCCGACCUGUUCCUGCUCCACGUACCAGACCCACGGUGUGCGUCGCCAGUCCAGCCCGGCCGGUUCCUGCUCCACGUACUAAGCCUACGGUGUACGUCGCCAGCCCGACCCGGCCUGUUCCUGCCACUCGCACCAAACCUACGGUGCGCGUCGCCAGCCCGGUCCGGCCUGUUCCUGCCACCCGCACCAAGUCUACGGUGCGCGUCGCCAGCCCGACCCGGCCUGUUCCUGCCACUCGCACCAAACCUACGGUGCGCGUCGCCAGCCCGGUCCGGCCUGUUGCUGCUCCCCGCACUAGCCCUGAGAUGCGUGUCCUCAGCCCGGGACCACCAGUUCCGGCACCACGCACUAGGCCUUAUGUGCGUCCCCAGGGUCCAGCGUGCCCUGUUCCUUCUCCCCGCACUAGACCUGAGAUGCGUGUCCUCAGCCCGGUACCUCCAGUUCCGGCACCACGCACCAGGCCUAUAGGGCGUCUCGGCCGGCCAGAGUCUGCCGUCUGCCUAACGGCGCCUGAACUGCCCGUCUGCCCAACGCCGUCUGAACUGUCCGUCUGCCAAGCGCUGCAUGAACUGCCCGUCUGUACUGAGCCUGCUAAGCCGCCCGUCUGCCAUGAGCCUUCAGAGCCGUCCGCCAGACCGGAGCCGCUAAAGCCUUCCGCCAGACAGGAGCCGCUAGAGCCUUCCGCCAGACAGGAUCAGCCAGAGCCUUCCGCCAGACAGGAUCAGCCAGAGCCUUCCGCCAGACAGGAUCAGCCAGAGCCUUCCGCCAGACAGGAUCAGCCAGAGCCUUCCGCCAGACAGGAUCAGCCAGAGCCUUCCGCCAGCCAUGAGCAGCCAGAUCCGUCAGCCAGCCAUGAGCAGCCAGAUCCGUCAGCCAGCCAUGAGCAGCCAGAUCCUUCAGCCAGCCAUGAGCAGCCAGAUCCGUCAGCCAGCCAUGAGCAGCCAGAUCCGUCAGCCAGCCAUGAGCAGCCAGAUUCGUCAGCCAGCCAUGAGCCGUCCAGCCAGGAUCCGCCAGAGCCGUCCAGCCAGGAUCCGCCAGCCAGCCAGGAUCCGCCAGAGCCAGCCAGCCAGGAUCCGCCAUGCAGUCCGGUGCUGCCCCUUAGUCCGGUGCUGCCCCUUAGCCCGGUGCUGCCCCUUAUCCUGGUGCUGCCCCUUAUCCUGGUGCUGCUCCUUAUCCUGGUGCUGCCCCUUAUCCUGGUGCUGCCCCUUAGUCCGGUGCUGCCCCUUAGUCCGGUGCUGCCUCUUAGUCCGGUGCUGCCCCUUAAUCCAGUGGGGUUAAGUUGGAGGGUGGUCAUUUGGAGGAGGCUACGAAAGCGGGUAGUGACUAUGGUGGGGUGGGGACCACGAGCAGUGCCAGAGCCGCCACCGUGGACAGACGCCCACCCAGACCCUCCCCUAGACUUUAUGCUGGUGCGCCCGGAGUUCGCACCUUAAGGGGGGGGUUAUGUCACACCCUGGCCUUAGUUAUCUUUGUUUUCAUUAAUAUUUUAGUUAGGUCAGGGUGUGACAUGGUGAAGUAUGUGUUUUGGUUUGUCUAGGGGUUUGUAGGUUUAUGGGGUAAUGUCUUGUCUAGGUGUUUGUAUGUUGAUGGCUGCCUAGAUUGGUUCUCAAUUGGAGACAGCUGUGGUUUAUUGUCUCUAAUUGGGAGCCAUAUUUAAGGCAGCCAUGGGCAUCAUGUGUUUGUGGGUAAUUGUCUAUGUUGAACGUUUGUUGCUUGUCGGUGCACUUACGUUAUUUAGCUUCACGGUCGUUUGUUGUUUUGUAGUUUUGGAUAGUUGUUCGGUUUCGUGUUUUGCUCUCUUCCUAAAUAAAGAGAUGUAUUUUGCACACGCUGCGCCUUGGUCCUCCUCUAUGCUUGACGAUCGUGACACUAACAUAAGGAUGACUCAGAAUACACUAUUCUGUUCUUCUGAAAUACAUUUUCUUCAUAUCAUGUUCCUUUAGACCUGCCUAAAAUAAAUAAUGGGUUUAUUGUGAAGGUGUAGGCUAUAUUAAAUGGAUUUAUUAGACUUUUAAAAAUGUAGAUGUUCCAAAAGGUCCACAUCAGUGGCUUGUAGGCUAUGUGUGGAAGCCUGGAGAUGCUAAACGUGUUUAUGUUCAUUAACGGUCAAUUACCGUGAGACCGGCAGUUAUUUGCAUGACAGUUACUGGCUGACAAAAUGUCAUGACCGCCACAGCCCUAAUCCUAAUAGUGUUUGAUGUUAUUCAGGAUUAGUUAGAUUGAAUAAAAUAUAAAUGUCAACAACAGUUCAAUGCUGCUAUUCAGUCAGAUGACUGGAUAAAACAGAUUAUUAAGGAAACAUGUUGGAAUUCCAUUUGGUAUGUACAGUAUGAGUUAAUUCAUUAGCUUUUUAAGUUAAACUUUCAUAAAGGCUAGAGUCAUCUGUAUGGGUGGUGGUUAUGCAGUCAGUGUGUGCAAUAAGCCACCUUCUCUAUGCCAACUGCCAAGCCCUCUCCUCUUCUGACCACACAGCUGCUGUGGCAUUACACUGGGAAGGAUUAGGAAAGAGCUGUCAGGGUGACAUAGGUGCCAAGAGGGUGUGCCAGUCGUUAGCUCUAGCUACCCCAUAUGGCUAAAUUAACCCAAUACUAAGGGCAUAUCAACACAGGUUCAAGUGCCAUUUGGCUGCCUUCUAUCUCUUCUGUGCCAGCUACACCCAUCAGUAUGUAGUAACACCAUGGCCAUGCCCAGCACUAUUACUACGGCAGCAGGGGCUGCCAAGGCGGCUGCAGCCAAGUCUUUGUACCAGUAGUGAGUAGUGUGACUUUGAGCCACCAUGCCCAUGACACAGGCCCAGCCCCAUAGACCUGCAGUGAAUUCUGGCGUAACUGGCGGACUUAUUGGGUCAAAGGCUCACCGUGACCUCCCACCAACCAGCCUGCCUGUCCACCCGCUGAUUGCCUGACUUGCUGGGAUGCUGUGCACUAUACUGUAUGAAAAACUACUAGGCCUAUGUGUAGUUUAUCUAUGGAGUAAACUGGGAUUGCGUAAGUCUGACCACCUCUGCUGUGAAGUCACACAGGACCAUUCUAGUCCAGAGGAAAUAGGACGGUCACUCAGCAGACCUGGGUUCAAAUACUAUUUCAGUCACUUCAAUCACUUUUCAAUACAUUUAAAAACAAGUACUCCCAUGCAUUUAACCCGGGUGUUUGGAAAUAGUAUUUGAAAUAAGUAUUUGAAAAUACUUGCAAAUACAAUUUGGUAGACUAUUUGUUUUUUACAAAUAACCAUUCAAAUACACAGAAAAAAGUAUUUAAAAAGCAAAUAUUCUGAACACAGGUCUGUCACUCAGUAAGUGAAUGUGAUCUCCCUGCCAGCUUUUAAUGGCACAUGGCAGCUACACCAUCUGCUCCUCUCUUCUCACCUUUGCUGACCUAGCCAGAUUCUUUCCACUCGUGACGAGUUAUGUUUUCCAUGGUGCUUGACAAGACCUUGUUGUGGCCACUGGAAGUCUUUAUUUUUAAAACAAGCAUUGUAAAUGAUGCACUGACGUCGUCUGCGUGUAAAUUUGGCCCUUGUUGUCACUGGUGACCCCAUUCUCACAGGACAGAGACGAGGCUGCUGUCUCCUCACUCCGAAGCAUAAAUAUUUAUGGAAAGUUCACGCUGUGCGUCAUUGUUGUUUGCAGAAGAAAAGGGAUUCUAUACUAUGUUCUGUAGGAACUGGUUAGCAUGUGACUGGUUUGCACGUGUAAGGUACAAUGUCACCAUUCUCCCACCCAUGCUGAAAAUACAAUGGAUUAAAUAGCUUUGUGGAGUAGAUUAUGAAUUGUCUUAAUGCCAUAUCCACUGUACUGCAAUGACUCUCCACAAGCAGAGAAGUAGAAUGUCCUCUAUAGAGAAGCAGUGUAUAUAACACAGUGAGCUGUUUUAUGAGAAUCUUCUCCCUCUUUUGUCUCUGUGUCCUUCUCUCCUAGGUUGCCUCCUACGUGAGAGCGGUGAAUGAUAUUUAUGACAAGGCCGACUUUGACGGACUCAAGCUAAUCAACUUCAAAGUGAAAUCCCUCAGUGUAAGAACUCCACUCAUACUACAGUAUGAUUACCCCUAAGCUAAUCAAGCUAAGCUAGCAACUUGAUAUGUGCAAUUCACAAACUAGUUAUGUUUUCCCUUUCUUUCUCUUCUCCUUGGACUCAAAGGCUCCUUUAUGGUUUUUGGGAAGAGCUAUUAUAUACAUAAUUCACCAUCCUCAGGUGCUGCUGAUGUGUCUCCUAUAGGUCAUGAAAGAGGAGGACGAGACCAACCCCCUGAAUCGGCCCUUCAUCGGCCCAGAGAAGCUACUCAGUCUGUUCUCUGAGAGUAACUGGGGAAACUACUGUCUGUCCUACCUGCUGACCAACAGGGACUACAGUGGAGUGCUGGGGCUGGCCUUUGAGGGCAAGACAGGUGAGAGGCAAGGACUGGAAAGCAAUAGAGACACACACACGGGCACAAGCACUCUUGCUGUAAUGGGACCUGAUCUAACAGAAUCCCCUCAGCAGUCACAACAUGGACAUAAAAAUAGACCCACCCCCUCCCACUACCUCUUAAACACUACCGCAUUACACACACAUACAAACCCACACUCUCUGUGGGUUGUGGAGAGCAGUGCGUCUAUUAGUAACAGUUGAGCUAGCUUAGCACCUUCCCAAGUGAUCGGUAUUUGCCCUUUGUCCAUUUCUGGCAUUGACAUGUGACAAUAUAGUGAAAGGUUGAUAACAGAUAGCCACACUGACAGCCACCGUCAUCCCCGGCCCCUCCCAACACCCACAUUGGAAAUGUUUCCAUGCCAAGUCUAAAUAAAUAGGGUCAUUGGAUAUUUGACCUUCACAGCAUCAUCUUCAUGUGACUUUGAAAGGAAGUUAACAUGGCUGUUAUCAGGCCCAGUGCUUUUACAGGUCCAUAAACUAGGCCGUGUCGACACUCACUGUGGAUUUUUAAGAUGGUACGUGUAGAAUAGAUACUUUUGCUGCUGGCCUGUUUCCAAAGUGUGCUGAAUUAUGGCACUACAGCGUAUGCCCUGUGAGUUUUCUCUCCCUAUGGACAGAGUUCACCAAUCAAUAUUCCUGAAUUUUGACUGCGCUCCAAUCACAGCUGCAUCUCCAAUCAAAGUUGCGUGUCCAAUGUCUUCUCUAGAAGCGAAAUUCACAUCUGACCUUUCCACAUCUGAUAUGCAUCUUAUUUUACCUAACUCGACCUGUUUGAAUACCCCAGGUUUUGUGGGUAAAGUGUUUUACGGAAACAAAUAAUCUUUGCAAAACACCUCUGGCAUGUCAUCAAUGAAACACACAGUGCUGCCAUUCUAUGGACAAUGUGACAUUUCUUAAUGUCACCGCGGUUUCACAGGCCGGUGACAAAGCCUUCUGUUUUAUUAUUGUUGUUGGUGAGGAAGUGGGGGGGGACCUGUUCCCACAGUGGGUGGAGCACCUUGGGUGUUUCCAUCACAUCGUUAGCUGGGCCGCCUUUGAUUGGCUGAUCAGAGGGGCGUGAGCGAGUGACUUUCAUGAAUCCUAUGUGACCUCCCCUCUCCCCCUCCCCUUCAUGGUGCUAUAAACCCUGUUGAACCCUGGUGUGUGUGUCUUUGUCCCCCCCCCCCACACACACAAUCAGCCAGCCCUCUUAUGCCCCCAAUAUGGGUGUGUUCAUAUGUCUUUCUCUAAAAAGAAAGGGGAAAAAACCUUGUCAGUGUGGUGGGGGGUGGGGCGCCACUUUCCACUCCCACAUAAGUAACAUUCCUUUUCAAAGUGACAAGCUGAUUGCAUAGGAAUGGAUGGUAAUUUUGAAGCAGCAACAAUAAAGGAGGUUGUUUAAAGAACUCCUUAAAACUGUGGUAGUGUAGUGGUUAACUACCUGUUCAUGUUUUACUGAAAAACCAGGUUGGGAUCAGUUCAAUUCAGUUGUUAACAUAUAGACUAAUAUGUUAUUAAAUUGUGUUCUUACACUGGUACAGUCAUGCCCUAUGAGAGAUGUACAACUGUGCAUGUGCGAAAAUAAAGAAAGGGCAUUCCCGCGUUCUGGUUGAAACACCAACGAUGAACAUGUGUGUUUAUUCCUCCAUUAAGUAAGCCGGUAUUCCUGUCCUGAAUAUGACAGCACCAACAGGUUAUGGGCCCAGAAGGGAACAUGGAAGCCGAUGGAAUAGAUUAUGUUUCGACGGAGAUGAAAAAAACUAUGAAAUAUGGGAGACGAAGAUUUUGGGGCACUUGCGUUUGCUAGGGCUAAAGGCCACCAUAUUGAGCAUGGAUGAAGAUGAAGAAGACGGAGAGAAAAAUGAAGAAGCCUACGCCGAAUUGAUACAGGUUUUGGAUGAUAAAAGUCUUUCCCUGAUAAUGAGAGAAGCAGCAGAUGAUGGGAGAAAAGCGUUGAAGAUAUUGAGGGAACAUUAUGCAGGUAAAGGGAAGCCACGUGUGAUUAGCCUCUACACUGAGCUAACUUCUCUUCAGAAAGACGCUGAUGAAAGUGUUACGGACUAUAUCAUUCGUGCUGAGAUGGCUAUUACAGCACUGAGGAAUGCUGAAGAGACUUUAAGUGACGGGCUGUUGAUUGCAAUGAUUCUGAAAGGUUUGCCCGAAUCAUUUAAGCCGUUUGCCAUCCACAUAACGCAGAGUGACGAGCCGACAACUUAUGGCAAGUUCAAAACCAGGUUGAGGAGCUAUGAAAGCACCGAGAAGUUUAGCGCCAUUUCCACUGACGACAACGUGAUGAAGGCAAGUAACAUUAAAGUUAGCUGGCCAAGAGGAAGAGAUAAAGGGACUGAGAUAACCUGCUUCAACUGUGGCCAGAAAGGGCACAAGGCCCGGGAAUGUACCGUUACUGGAGAGCACAGAGAACGGAGACAGUGGUGUAGUUUUUGCAUGAGCUCCACUCAUACUGUGUCAGGGCGUGCUGUAGGUGUAGUGGUGGAAUCAAACGCAGGACUCAGAACGAUAAUCCAAAGACUUGUAUUAAAGCCAAAACCAAGGCAAAAGGACAACUGGCCCGAAGGCGAAAAUACGCACGAAGGCGAAAUAGAAACAGCGCACAAACAGGUGCGAAAAUACUCCAGCGCAGUGGAGAGAAGCUCAACCGAGCGAAACACACGACUGACGAAAAUCAAUUACACACAACACUAGACAAACACAACGAGAAACUUAUAGGACACUAAUUACGCCCAAACUAGAAACAGGUGUGAAAACAAACAGACAAAAGCAAACGAACAUGAAACAUACAACGGUGGCAGCUAGAAUUCCGGAGACGACGAACGCCGAAGCCUGCCCGAACAAGGGAGAGAGGCAGCCUCGGCCGAAACCGUGACAGUACCCCCCCCCCUUGACGCGCGGCUCCAGACGUGCGCCGACUCCGGCCUCGGGGACGACCAGGAGGACGCGGAGCAGGGCGCGUCGGAUGCCCCCGAUGGAAUUCCGUCAGGAGCGACGGGUCCAAAAUGUCUCUCCUCGGCACCCAGCACCGCUCCUCCGGACCGUACCCCUCCCACUCCACUAGAUACUGGAGACCCCCCAUCCGACGUCUCGAAUCCAAGAUGGACCUCACGGAGUACGCCGGUGCCCCCUCGAUGUCCAACGGGGGCGGAGGAGUGUCCAAGAUCUCAUUUUCUUGGAGUGGGCCCGCUACCACCGGCCUGAGAAGGGACACAUGGAACGAGGGGUUAAUACACUUAUACUCCACAGGUAGCUGUAAUCUAUAACAUACCUCGUUCAACCUUCUCAGGACUUUAAAUGGCCCUACAAACCGCCGACCCAGUUUCCGACAGGGCAGGCGGAGGGGCAGGUUUCUGGUAGAGAGCCAGACUCGAUCACCAGGUGCGUACACCGGUCCCUCACUGCGGUGGAGAUCAGCGCUCGCCUUCUGACGUCGGAGGGCCCGCUGCAGGUGGACGUGUGCAGCGUUCCACGUCUCCUCCGAGCGCCGCACCCACUCAUCCACCGCAGGAGCCUCGAUCUGGCUCUGCUGCCAGGGUGCCAGAACCGGCUGGUAACCCAACACACAUUGAAAUGGAGUUAGGUUAGUGGAGGAAUGGCGUAGGGAAUUCUGGGCCAUCUCGGCCCAGGGAACGUACCUUGACCACUCCUCCGGCCGGUCCUGGCAGUAUGUUCUGAGAAACCUACCCACAUCCUGGUUUACGCGUUCCACCUGCCCAUUACUCUCCGGGUGGUACCCCGAGGUGAGGCUCACCGAGACCCCCAACCGCUCCAUAAACGCUCUCCAGACUCUGGAGGUGAAUUGGGGACCCCGAUCAGCCACAAUGUCCUCGGGUACCCCGUAGUGCCGGAACACAUGGGUGAACAGUGCCUCGGCAGUUUGUAGGGCAGUAGGAAGACCCGGCAUGGGGAGCAAACGACAGGCCUUAGAGAACCGGUCCACAACGACCAGGAUAGUAGUAUUCCCUUGGGAGAGGGGAAGGUCUGUUAUAAAGUCCACAGAGAGGUGGGACCAUGGUCGUUGUGGAACGGGCAGGGGUAGCAACUUACCCCUAGGCAGAUGUCUAGGCGCCUUACACUGGGCGCACACCGAGCAGGAGGAAACAUAAACCCUCACAUCCCUUGCCAACGUGGGCCACCAGUACUUGGCACUAAGACAGUGCACUGUCCGGCCGAUACCCGGAUGUCCAGAGGAGGGUGACGUGUGAGCCCAAUAGAUCAAUCGAUCCCGAACUUCGAGCGGAACGUACUUCCGACCCUCCGGGCACUGUGGUGGACUAGGGUCGGUGCGUAACGCCCGCUCGAGUUCAGUAUCGACCUCCCACACUACCGGUGCCACCAGACACGACUCAGGCAGUAUGGGAGUGGGCUCCACGGACCUCUCCUCCGUGUCAUACCGCCGAGACAGCGCAUCUGCCUUGCCAUUCUGUGACCCAGGGAUGUACGUGAUUUUAAAAGUAAACCUGGUCAAGAACAUACUCCAUCUUGCCUGGCGAGGGUUCAGCCUCCUCGCCGCCCGGAUGUACUCCAGGUUACGGUGGUCCGUCAAAAUGAGGAAAGGGUGUUGAGCCCCCUCAAGCCAGUGCCUCCACACCUUUAGAGCCUGUACCACGGCUAACAGCUCCCUGUCCCCUACGUCAUAGUUCCGCUCCGCCGGACUGAGCUUCUUAGAAUAAAAAGCACAGGGGCGGAGUUUAGGUGGCGCGCCAGACCGUUGUGAAAGCACGGCUCCUAAACCGGCCUCUGACGCGUCCACCUCUACCUGGAACGGCAAAGAGGGAUCCGGAUGCGCCAGCACCGGGGCCGAGGUAAACAGGUCCUUCAGCCUCCCAAACGCCCUGUCCGCCUCGGCCGACCACUGCAGACGCACCGGACCCCCCUUCAACAGAGACGUGAUGGGAGCUGCCACCUGUCCAAAACCCCGGAUAAACCUCCUGUAGUAAUUUGCAAACCCCAAAAACUGCUGCACCUCCUUCACAGUGGUUGGUGUUUGCCAAUUACGCACGGCCGACACCCGGUCUACCUCCAUCUUCACCCCUGACGCAGACAACUGAUAACCCAAAAAGGAGACCGACUCCUGGAAAAACAGACACUUCUCUGCCUUCACAUACAGGUCGUGCUCCACCAGCCUCCGCAACACUCUACGCACCAGGGCCACAUGCUCGACACGGGUAGGCGAGUACACGAGAAUGUCAUCAAUGUACACAACCACCCCCUGCCCCUGCAUGUCCCUGAAGAUCUCAUCCACGAAUGAUUGGAAGACUGACGGAGCGUUCAUCAACCCGUAUGGCAUGACCAGAUACUCGUAAUGGCCCGAGGUGUUACUAAAGGCUGUCUUCCAUUCAUCACCCUCCCUGAUGCGCACCAAGUUGUACGCGCUCCUGAGAUCUAAUUUCGUGAAGAAACGCGCCCCAUGCAACGACUCAGUCAUGGUCGCAAUCAGCGGGAGUGGAUAACUGUACUUCACCGUAAUCUGAUUGAGACCACGGUAAUCGAUGCACGGGCGCAAACCACCAUCCUUUUUCUUCACAAAAAAGAAACUCGAGGACGCAGGGGAAGUGGAAGGCCGUAUGUAUCCUUGUCUCAGAGAUUCGUCUAUGUAAAUCUCCAUAGCUUUCUUCUCCUCCUGAGACAGAGGAUACACAUGGCUCCGUGGGAGCGCAGCUCCUGCCUGGAGGUCUAUCGCACAAUCUCCCUGCCUAUGGGGUGGCAACCGCGUCGCCCUCGCCUUACUAAACGCAAUAGCCAAAUCCCCAUACUCAGGGGGAACGUGCAAUGCGGGCACCUGGUUUGGACUCUCCACCGAGGUAGCCCCUACGGAAACGCCCAAACAUCUACCCACACACUGAGCAGACCACUCCAUCAGAGCCCUCUCCUGCCACGAAAUAGCUGGGUUAUGGGUACUCAACCAGGGCAUGCCCAGCACCACCGGAUACGCAGGAGAGUCAAUCAGGAACAGCUGAAUCAUCUCCUGAUGACCCCCCUGCGCACACAUCCUAAGUGGCGCCGUGACCUCCCUGAUUAAGCCCGUACCCAACGGACGGCUAUCUAGGGCAUGAACGGGGAAAGGAACAUCAACAGGAAUAAGGGGAAUCCCUAACGCUAAACAAAACUUCUUAUCAAUAAAAUUCCCAGCCGCGCCUGAAUCUACCAGCGCCUUAUGCUGGGAAUGAGGUGCUACCUGUGGAAAACGCACAGGCAUACAAAAAUGGGCAACAGUGAGCUCUGGGUGAGUGGGGCGCCUACUCACCUGGAGGGAAUCCCCAGUGCGGAACCUGUCGUCAUCUCCCCUAGGAGGCCAUCCCCAGCACCUAGCCGCGGUGUGUCCUCCCCGACCACAGUUGGUGCAGUGGAUGGACCCCCUAGCCUGCCGACUCCUCCUCUCUCUAGCGCCAGCGCCCCCGAGCUCCAUGGGACACGGCUCGGAGGCGCUGGAGGGUGAAAUGGACGGACCCUCCGCAGGACGUCCGCGGGUAGCCAGUAGGUUAUCCAGCCUGAUGGACAUGUCGACCAGCUGGUCGAAAGAGAGGCUGGUGUCCCUACAAGCCAGCUCCCGACGGACGUCCUCUCGUAGGCUACAUCUGUAUAGAUCGACGAGGGCCCGAUCAUUCCACCCUGCAUCUGCCGCUAGAGUCCGGAAUUCGAGCGCGAAUUCCUGGGCACUCCUCCUCCCCUGCCGGAGGAAGGUAAUAGUCGCGGCGUCGAUCUUCCUCCACUCCGCGUUGGCCCAUUCCAACGCCUUCCCGGCCAGGCAGGAGAUCAGGGCGGACACGCUCUCAUGCCCCGAAGGUGCCGGGUGCACGGUGGCCAGGUAUAGCUCCACCUGGAGGAGGAAUCCCUGACACCCAGCCGCGGUUCCGUCGUAGGCCCUCGGGAGAGAAAGUCGGACUCCUCGAGGUUCCGGCGCUGGAAUGGGCGGACUGGCCGAUGGUGCUGGCAGGGAGGGAGGCGGUGGAGGCGUACCCCAGCCUCGGAGGGUGGUGAUCACCUCCUGCAGGGCGGUCCCCAUCUGCAGGAUUUGGUCCUGUUGUUCCCGAACCUGGGCCUCCAGUCUCGUCUGUCCUGCUUCGGCUCCUGCUGAUUCCAUGGUAGGUGUGUAAUUCUGUCAGGGCGUGCUGUAGGUGUAGUGGUGGAAUCAAACGCAGGACUCAGAACGAUAAUCCAAAGACUUGUAUUAAAGCCAAAACCAAGGCAAAAGGACAACUGGCCCGAAGGCGAAAAUACGCACGAAGGCGAAAUAGUAACAGCGCACAAACAGGUGCGAAAAUACUCCAGCGCAGUGGAGAGAAGCUCAACCGAGCGAAACACACGACUGACGAAAAUCAAUUACACACAACACUAGACAAACACAACGAGAAACUUAUAGGACACUAAUUACGCCCAAACUAGAAACAGGUGUGAAAACAAACAGACAAAAGCAAACGAACAUGAAACAUACAACGGUGGCAGCUAGAAUUCCGGAGACGACGAACGCCGAAGCCUGCCCGAACAAGGGAGAGAGGCAGCCUCGGCCGAAACCGUGACAUACUGACGCAAAUUGCAGACGAAAAAGAAGGGACAAUGUGAAACAAGCAACAGAUGCUGAAGGCCACACAUUUGCAUUCAGAAUAAGUGACUGUCAGGUUCGUGGACUGAAACAAAAAGGGCUGAUGGUUGAUACGGGAGCAACGUCACAUAUAGUCACGGACAUCGGGAAGUUUAAGGAGUUUGACGAGACUUUCAAACCGGAAAAAACAUUCUGUGGAGCUGGCUGACGGAACAAGAACGAAUGGUGUCGCGGAGAGGAGAGGUGCAGCGGAAGUUUACCUGAGAGACAACACUGGUCGUCGGGUGAAAACAACGCUGACGAAGGCGCUGUACGUGCCGUCGUUUCCACAGGACAUUUUCUCUGUUAAAGCAGCGACAGCCAACGGAGCUUCAGUCAACUUUCGACAGGGGUGUAACAAGCUCAUCCACAAGAACGGUACCACUUUUGACAUCGAGGAGUACGAUAGACUUUACUAUCUUAACACUGUAAGAGAUGAAAAUGAUGAUGCAUGUCAUGGGUGCUAUAAUAUUCACACAUGGCACAAAAUUCUUGGCCACUGUAAUUUUGAGGAUGUGUCAAAGUUAGAAAAUGUGACAGAGGGAAUGAAAAUCACAGGUAAGAUUGACAAAUCUACCCUCAACUGUGAAAUCUGCACACAGGGAAAAUUUGUUCAGAGCAGAAACAGAGAGCCUGAUGAAAAGGCAAAUGUGUGCCGAUUUCACAGUUGAGGGUAGAUUUGUCAAUCUUACCUGUGAUUUUCAUUCCCUCUGUCACAUUUUCUAACUUUGACACAUCCUCAAAAUUACAGUGGCCAAGAAUGUUGUGCCAUGUGUGAAUAUUAUAGCACCCAUGACAUGCAUCAUCAUUUUCAUCUCUUACAGUGUUAAGAUAGUAAAGUCUAUCGUACUCCUCGAUGUCAAAAGUGGUACCGUUCUUGUGGAUGAGCUUGUUACACCCCUGUCGAAAGUUGACUGAAGCUCCGUUGGCUGUCGCUGCUUUAACAGAGAAAAUGUCCUGUGGAAACUUGUCCACACUGAUUUGGCUGGCCCUAUUGAGCCAGAGGCAAAAGAUGGGUUCAGAUAUACUCUAGCAUUUACGGAUGAUUAUUCAGGGGCAGUUUUUGUGUAUUUCCUAAAAGCAAAGGGUGAUACUGUAAAAGCUACUGAGAAGUUUAUUGCUGAUGUGGCCCCUUAUGGGAAAAUAAAGUGUGUCAGGUCAGAUAAUGGCACAGAGUACACAGCCAAAGAGUUCCAGUCACUGCUCAGUAAGAAUGCCAUAAGACAUGAAACUUCAGCCCCUUACUCACCCCAUCAAAAUGGGACCGCUGAGAGAAAUUGGAGAACACUGUUUGAAAUGGCAAGAUGCAUGCUACUUGAGAGCAACCUACCAAAGAAAUUGUGGACAUAUGCUGUAAUGACUGCUGCAGUAAUUCGCAAUAGGUGUUACAGUAAGCGUGUAGGACAGACUCCAUACUACAUGAUUACUGGGAGAAAGCCUGAUCUUUCAAAGAUGAAAGAAUUUGGAUCUGUUUGCUAUGCAUACAGACAGAACAAGAAAAAGUUGGACUCAAGAUGUGAAAAGGGUAUUUUUGUCGGGUAUGAUAAAAAUAGUCCAGCAUACCUAGUCUACUACCCAGACACUGGAAAAGUUCUUAAAAACAGAUUAGUCAAGUUCGUUACAAAAGGUGUAGUCGAACGCCAAACUCAGACAGAUUUGGAAAUGAGUGAUGAUCUUCAUGGGGAGAGAUUUGAAUCCCUCAUGCCAAAAGCCAAGAUGGCAGAUCAAAAUUCAGAAGAGACACAAGAUGUGCAAAUCGAGACUUCAGAUAGUCAGAGUCCACGCUAUCCAGACAGAGCGAGGAAGAAACCCCAGUACUUAAAAGACUAUGAGUGUAAAGUGAAGGGUGAUGACCAGAUACCACCUAGUGUUGACUACUGCUACAGAGUAAUGUGCAAUGCACCACAAACCUUCAAAGAAGCAAUGAUUUCACCAAAAUCAGAGAUUUGGGCUACUGCUAUGAAGGAGGAGAUGGAUUCCCUUAGGGAAAAUGAUACAUUCACAUUGACUACACUGCCAGAGGGUAAAAAUGCAGUGGGGGGCAGGUGGGUCUAUGCGGUCAAAAACAAUUCAGAUGAGACUGAGACAUACAAGGCAAGAUAUGUUGCAAAGGGGUAUAGUCAAGUGGCAGGAAUAGACUAUAAGGAUACUUUUUCUCCAACUGCAAAUAUGACAUCAGUACGUUGUUUGAUGCAGCUAGCAGCUCAGUAUGACUUAGAGUUACAUCAGAUGGAUGUCAAAACAGCAUAUCUACAUGCUCCUAUUGACUGUGAAGUGUACAUGGAGCAACCAGAGGGUUUUGAAGUCAGGUCAGAUACAGGUGAGCAACUAGUCUGCAAACUGAACAAGUCACUGUACGGCCUGAAACAGUCAGGAAGGAACUGGAACAAAAUGUUGCAUGAUCACCUUAGUGAAAAUGGUUUUACACAGAACCCAGCUGAUCACUGUGUUUAUAACAAACAAACUCCAACAGAAAGGAUCAUUUUGAUAAUUUGGGUCGAUGAUCUAAUUAUCGCUGCUAGUGAUAGUGACUCACUCACAAGUGUAAAAUAAAUGUUAAGUGAAAAAUUUUAGAUGAAAGAUCUUGGGAGGCUUAGACAUUUCCUAGGCAUUGAUUUUACACAAAGUGAAGGGAAAAUAAAGAUGAACCAAACAAGGUACAUAACCAAGAUACUGAAAAGGUUUGGUAUGUCAGACUGUAAAACAAGGUCAACACCAUGUGAACAAAAACAAAACUUUGAUGGUGAUGGUGAACCUAUUGAUUCAAAAAGGUAUCGUGAAGUGAUAGGCAGCUUGAUAUAUGUGAUGACAUGUGCAAGACCGGAUAUCAGUUGGAUUGUCAGCAAGCUGUCACAAUACCUAUCAGAACCAAAAGAGCAACACUGGAUAACAGCUAAACAUGUGUUGAGGUACUUGAAGGGGACAAUGAAUCAGGAGUUGUGUUACAAAAAGGGGGUGGAAAAACUCAACCUCGUAGCAUAUAGUGAUGCUGAUUGGGCAGCAAAUCAAAGUGACAGACGAAGCAUAACAGGGUAUCGUUUUAGUUUAACUAAAUGUGGACCUGUUAUUUCAGGCCCAAAUCCCCGUCAUUCACAGGAGAAAGAGACAGAGAUAUCGUGGACGUAGGUCGGGGUGCCUUGUAAGGAUCCGACGGCGAGCGAGUAAACUGCCUCUUCCAUCAAUCCUAUUAGCCAAUCUUCAAUCAUUGGAAAAUAAAUUAGAUGACCUACGAUUACGCUUAUCCUACCAACGGGACAUUAAAAAACUGUAAUAUCUUAUGUUUCACCGAGCCGUGGCUGAACGACGACAUGGACAACAUACAGCUAGCGGGCUAUAAGCAACAUCGGCAGGAUAAAACGGCUGACUCCGGUAAGACAAGGGGUGGCGUUCUGUGUAUAUUUGUAAACAACAGCUGGUGCACAAAAUCAAAUACUAAGGAAGUCUCGAGGUUUUGCUUGCCUGAGGUAGAGUACCUUAUGAUAAGCUGUAGACCACAUUUUACCAAGAGAGUUUUCAUCUUUAUUUUUCAUAGCUGUCUAUUUACCACCACAAACCAAUGCUGGCAUUAAGAUUGCACUCAAUGAGCUGUAUAAGGCCAUAACUAAACAGGAAAACGCUCAUCCAGAGGCAACGCUCCUAGUGGCCGGGGACUUUAAUGCAGGGAAACUUAAAUCCGUUCUACCUAAUUUCUACCAGCAUGUUAAAUGUGCAACCAGAGGAAAAAAACCUCUAGACCACCUUUACUCCACACACAGAGACGCAUACAAAACUCUCCCUCGCCCUCCAUUUGGCAAAUCUGACCAUAACUCUAUCCUCCUGAUUCCUGCUUAUAAGCAAAAACUAAAGCAGGAAGCACCAGUGACUCGGUUAAUAAAAAAGUGGUCAGAUGACGCAGAUGCUAAGCUACAGGACUGUUUUGCUAGCACAGACUAGAACAUGUUCCGGCAUGCAUGAGAGCACGAGCUGUUCCGGAUGACUAUGUGAUCACGCUCUCCGUUGCCGAUGUGAGUAAGACUUUUAAGCAGGUCAACAUUCAGAAGGCCGCAGGGCCAGACGGAUUACCAGGACGUGUACUCCGAGCAUGUGCUGACCAACUGGCAAGUGUCUUCACCGACAUUUUCAACAUGUCCCUGACUGAGUCUGUAAUACCAACAUGUUUCAAGCAGACCACCAUAGUCCCCGUACCCACGAACACUAAGAUAACCUGCCUAAAUGACUACCGACCCAUAGCACUGACAUCUGUAGCCAUGAAGUGCUUUGAAAGGCUGGUCAUGGCUCACAUCAACACCAUUAUCCCAGAAACCCUAGACCCACUCCAAUUUGCAUACCGCCCCAACAGAUCCACAGAUGAUGCAAUCUCUACUGCACUCCACACUGCCCUUUCCCACAUGGACAAGAGGAACACCUACGUGAGAAUGCUAUUCAUUGACUACAGAUCAGCGUUCAACACCAUAGUGCCCUCAAAGCUCAUCACUAAGCUAAGGACCCUGGGACUAAACACCUCCCUCUGCAACUGGAUCCUGGACUUCCUGACGGGCUGCCCCCAGGUGGUAAGGGUAGGUAACAACACAUCUGCCACGCUGAUCCUCAACACGGGGGCCCCUCAGGGGUGCGUGCUCAGUCCCCUCCUGUACUCCCUGUUCACCCAUGACUGCAGGGCCAGGCACAACUCCAACACCAUCAUUAAGUUCGCAAGCAGUACCGGAGUGCCAAGUCUAGGUCCAAAAGACUUCUCAACAGCUUCUACACCAAGCCAUAAGACUCCUGAACAGCUAAUAAUGGCUACCCGGAUUGUUUGCACCCCCACCCCAUAUUUUUACGCUGCUGCUACUCUGUUAAUUAUUUAUGCAUAGUCACUUUAACUCUACCCACAUGUAAAUAUUACCUCAACUAGCCGGUGCCCCCACACAUUGACUCUGCACCAGUACCCCCCUGUAUAUAGCCUCCCUACUGUUAUUUUAUUUUACUUCUGCUCUUUUGUUCUCAACACUUUUUUGUUGUUGUUGUUUUAUUUAAUUUUUUUAUUAAGAAAUAAAUGCAUUGUUGGUUAAGGGCUGUAAGUAAGCAUUUCACGGUAAUGUCUACACCUGUUGUAUUCAGAGCUUUUGGCAAAUAACAUUUGAUUUGAUUUGAUUUGAUUGUCCUGUUGGAAGGUGAACCUUGGACCCAGUCUGAGGUCCUCAGCGCUCUGGAGCAGGUUUUCAUCAAGGAUCUCGCUGUACUUUGCUCCAUUCAUCUUUCCCUCGAUCCUGACUAGUCUAACAGUCCCUGCCACUGAAAAUCAUCCACACAGCAUGAUGCUGCCACCACCAUGCUUCACCGUAGGGAUGGUGCCAGGUUUCCUCCAGACGUGACGCUUGGCAUUCAGGCCAAAGAGUUCUGUCUUGGUUUCAUCAGACCAGAGAAUCUUGUUUCUCAUGGUCUGAGAGUCCUUUAGGUUCCUUUUGGCAAACUCCAAGCGGGCUGUCAUGUGCCUUUAACUGAGGAGUGGCUUCCGUCUGACCACUCUACCGUAAAGGCCUGAUUGGAGGAGCGCUGCAGAGAUGGUUGUCCUUCUGGAAGGUUCUCCCAUCUCCACAGAGGAACUCUGGAGCUCUGUCAGAGUGACCAUCGGGUUCAAUUUUAUUGGCCACAUGCGCCGAAUAUAACAGGUGUAGACAUUACAGUGAAAUGCUUACUUACAGCCCUUAACCAACAAUGCAUUUAUUUUUUUAUAAAAAAGUAAAAUAAAACAACAACAAAAAAGAAGUAAAAUAAAAUAACAGUAGGGAGGCUUAUACAAGGGGGUACCGGUGCAGAGUCAAUGUGCGGGGGCACCGGCUAGUUGAGGUAGUUGAGGUAAUAUGUACAUGUGGGUAGAGUUAAAGUGACUAUGAGUAGCAGCAGCGUAAAAAGAUGGGGUGGGGGUGGGGGGGCAGUGCAAAUAGUCCGGGUAGCCAUGAUUAGCUGUUCAGGAGUCUUAUGGCUUGGGGGUAGAAGCUGUUGAGAAGUCUUUUGGACCUAGACUUGGCACUCCGGUACCGCUUGCCAUGCGGUAGCAGAGAGAACAGUCUAUUAGGGUGGCUGGAGUCUUUGACAAUUUUGAGGGCCUUCCUCUGACACCGCCUGGUAUAGAGGUCCUGGAUGGCAGGAAGCUUGGCCCCAGUGAUGUACUGGGCCGUACGCACUACCCUCUGUAGUGCCUUGCGGUCGGAGGCCGAGCAGUUGCCAUACCAGGCGGUGAUGCAACCAGUCAGGAUGCUCUCGAUGGUGCAGCUGUAUAAUUUUUUGAGGAUCUGAGGACCCAUGCCAAAUCUUUUCAGUCUCCUGAGGGGGAAUAGGCUUUGUCGUGCCCUCUUCACGACUGUCUUGGUGUGUUUGGACCAUGAUAGUUCACUGGUGAUGUGGACACCAAGGAACUUGAAGCUCUCAACCUGUCACCUCCUAGACCAAGGCCUUUCUCCCCCGAUUGCUCAGUUUGGCCGGGUGGCCAGCUCUAGGAAGAGUUUUGUUGGUUCCAAACUUCUUCCAUUUAAGAAUGAUGGCGGCCACUAUGUUCUUGAGGACCUUCAAUGCUACAAAAAUGUUUUGGUACCUUUCCCCACAAUCCUGUCUCAGAGGUCUACAGACAAUUCCUUCGACCUCGUGGCUUGGUUUUUGCUCUGAAAUGCAUUGUCAACUGUGGGACCUUAUGUAGACAGGUGUUUGCCUUUCCAAAUAAUAUCAAAUCAAUUGAAUUUACCACAGGUGGACUCCAAUCAAGUUGUAGAAACAUGUCAAGGAUUAUCAAUGAAAACAUGAUGCACCUGAGCUCAAUUUCGAGUAUCAUAGCAAAGGGUCUGAAUACUUAUGUAAAAAAAAUUAAAUACAUUUGCAAACAUUUCUAAAAACCAGUUUUCUCUUUGUCAUUAUGGGGUAUUGUGUGUAGAUUGAUGAGGAAAUAUUUUUAAUUUAAUCGAUUUUAGAAUAAGGCUGUAACGUAACAAAAUGUGGAAAAAGGGAAGGGGUCUGAAUACUUUCCAAAUGCAUUGUAUAUACAUUACCAGUCAAAAGUUUGGACACACCUACUCAUUCAAGGGUUUUUCUUGAUUUUUACUAUUUUCUACAUUGUAGAAUAAUAGGGAAGACAUCAAAACGAUGAAAUAACACAUAUGGAAUCAUGUAGUAACCAAAGAAGUGUUAAACAAAUCCAAAUAUAUAUUUUUUAUUUGAGAUUCUUCAAAGUAGCCACCCUUUGCGUUGAUAACAGCUUUCCACACUCUUGUAAUUCUCUCAACCAGCUUCAUGAGGUAGUCACCUGGAAUGCAUUUCAAUUAACAGGUGUGCCUUCUUAAAAGUUAAUUUGUGGAAUUUCUUUCCUUCUUAAUGCGUUUGAGCCAAUCAGUUGUGUUGUGACAAGGUAGGGUUGGUAUACAGAUGCUAGCCCUAUUUGGUAAAAGACCAAGUCCAUAUUAUGGCAAGAACAGCUCAAAUAAGCAAAGAAAAACGACAGGCCAUCAUUACUUUAAGACAUGAAGGUCAGUCAAUCCGGUGCAGUCUCAAAAACCAUCAAGCGCUAUGAUGAAACUAGUUCAAGUCACAGACACAUCUCAACAUCAACUGUUCAGUGGAGACCACGUGAAUCAGGCCAAUUGCUGCAAAGAAACCACUACUAAAGGACACCAAUAAGAAGAAACACGAGCAAUGGACAUUAGACUGGUGGAAAUCUGUCCUUUGGUCUGAUGAGUCCAAAUAUAAGGUUUUUGGUUCCAACCACCAUGGCUUUGUGAGACGCAGAGUUGGUGAAUGGAUGAUCUCCGCAUGUGUCGUUCCCACCGUGAUGCAUGGAGGAGGAGCUGUGACGGUGUGGGGUUGCUUUGCUGGUGACACUGUCAGGGAUUUAUUUAGAAUUCAAGGUACACUUAACAGGAAUGGUUACCACAGCAUUCUGCAGCAAUACGCCAUCACAUCUGGUUUGCGCUUAGUGGGACUAUCAUUUGUUUUUCAACAGGACAAUGACCCAAAACACACCUCAAGGCUGUGUAAGGGCUAUUUUACCAAUGAGAGUGAUAGUGUGCUGCAUCAGAUGACCUGGCCUCCACAAUCACCCGACCUCAACCCAAUUGAGAUGGUUUGAGUUGGACAGCAGAGUGAAGGAAAAGCAGCCAACAAGUGCUCAGCAUAUGUGGGAACUCCUUCAAGACUGUUGGAAAAGCAUUCCUCAUGAAGCUGGUUGAGAGAAUGCUAAGAGUGUGCAAAGCUGUCAUCAAGGCAAAGGGUGGCUACUUUGAAGAAUCUCAAAUAUAAAAUAUUUUGAUUUGCUUAACACUUUUUUGGUUACUACAUGAUUCCAUAUGUGUUCUUUCAUAGUUUUGAUGUCUUCACUAUUAUUCUACAAUGUAGAAAAUAGUACAAAUAAAGAAAAACCCUUGAAUGAGUAGGUGUUUCCAAACUUUUGACUGGUACUGUAUAUAUAUUUUACAAUUUAAAAACAUACAUAGACAAAAACAAUAGACAGCUUAACAUUUCCAGACAUACAUUUCCACAAACAUUAAUGACAUCACAGUUGCUCAGACCCAUGCUCAGACAUCACACUUGCUCAGACCCAUAUUCCCACCGUAUCCACACCCAAUGUUGUUUCAAAUGCUUGUAAGAAUAAGAUUUAAAGUGCAUUUCAAGUUUGAUUUGAUUUAGGACUAUUCUUUAACUUAGAUUUUUGGUUGAAAUGGAGACGUGAAUCCAACAUAUGAAUUAUUAAUUUUCAGACAAACUGGAAAUAAAUCCAGACUCAGUUGCACUGGUGGAGCUAUCCAAACAGAAGAAACAUCUCCUUCAAAUGUUGAUAUUUGCUUGCGUUGACAACCAAACACAAUUCAAUAUCACUUUUGCAAUACGGUAAAUAGCCUAGCCUAUUAACUUGUUGACAAGUUAACAAAUUGUAUGUUGGAUUAAUUUCUCCAUCUCAACCAAAAAUAAAAGUUAAAGAAAUAAAAGAAUAGGAUUAAGCCAGUGGUUCAGAUCCAACUAUUCAAGCAGUAGAAACAUCUCCUUUAAAUGUUGAUCUUUAGUUGCCUUUGUCAACCAAACACAAAUCAAUAUGACUUUUGUAAGACAGUAAAUAGCCACAUUUUAAGGCUAUUUUACAAACUAAUUAACAGUAUUUGUUAAACCUUAAAAUGAGUAAUACAUCAAUGACCACAUUUUGAGGUUACUUUAACAGUAAAUGUCUUCUUAUGUAAUCAUAUAAAGUGUGCAUGUUCAGGGUUGCAGGCCUGUGGAAAUAUUCACAAUUGCUAUAACAAUCUGCACAGAAUCUCAAAUGGCAAUGAUCAGUUGCACCAUGUACUUUAAUGUAAUCUCAACUGAAAUUCAGGUAAUUUGGUUGUGCUAUUAGAUGAAGCACAACGAUAACACAUUAAGUUAUUGUAUAGUAUAGGGACAAAGUGGAGGAGCAUUUCAGCGGGUCGGAGGCGUAUGUGGUAGGGGCUUCUAACGAUCACGGAUUACAAAAAGAAAGCCAGUCACGUCGCGGACAACAAAAUCGCCCUACUGGACGAGCUAAACACCUUUUUCUCCCGCUUCGAGAAUAGCGAAUCUGAGCUGCCGAGGAGAGCCCCUGAGGACUACGAGGGCUACGUGCUUACGAUCUCCACGGAGGACGUACAGUAUGUAAGUCAGUCAAGCAUGUUAACCCUCGCAAGGCUGCCGGCCCAGAUGGUAUCCCUAGCCGCACCCUCCGAGCAUGUGCAGACCAGCUAGCUGUUAUGUUUUCGGACAUUUUCAUCUCUCUAGCUAAGGCUGUUAUCCCCACCUGCUUCAAGAUGUCCACUAUCAUUCCCGUGCCCAAGAAACGGAAAGUAACUGAACUGAAUGACUACCGAUUCGUAGCACUCACUUCCGUCAUCAUGAAGUGCUUCUAGAGUCUAGUCAAAGACCACAUCACCUCCUCCCUCCCCGACACACUCAACCCUCUCCAAUUCACCUACCGCCCUGACAGAUACACGGACGAUGCAAUCACCAUUGCACUGCACACAGCCCUCACCCACCUGGAAAAAAGGAAUGCAUAUGUGAGGAUGCUGUUCAUCGACUACAGCUUCGCCUUCAAUACCAUAGUACCCUCUAAGCCAGGGUUCUUCAAUUCCGGUCCUGGAGGGCCGAAACACCUCUGUUUUUCAUCCUCUCCUUCUAAUCAGGGGCUAAUUCAGACCUGGGACACCAGGUGAGUGCAAUUAACUACCAGGUAGAAAUAAAAAACAGAAGUGUUUCGGCCCUCCAGGACCGGAAUUGAAGAACCCUGCUCUAAGCUCAUCACAAAGCUCACGACCCUGGGACUGAACUCCUCCCUAUGCAACUGGGUCCUGGACUUCCUGACGGGACGCCCCCAGGUGGUGAAGGUAGGCAACAUUCCCUCCUCGACACUGAUUCUCAACACGGGGGCCCCACAAGGGUCCGUCCUCAGUCCCCUCCUGUAAUCCCUGUAUACCCCAUCAUCAAGUUCACUAAAGACACGACAGUAGUGGGCCUGAUUACCAACAACGACGAGACGACCUACAGGGAGGAGGUAGGCCCUCUGACAGCGUGGUGCCAGGUAAACAACCUCUCCCUCAACAUCAGCAAAACAAAGGAGCUGAUUGUGAACUUUAGGAGGAACCAGGUUGGACACGCCCCCAUCUUCAUCAACAGGGCCGCCGUGGAGACUGUAAAAAACGCCAAGUUGCUCGGGGUAGACAUCUCCAAUGAGCUGAAAUGGUCAAACCACAUGGACACUGUGGUGAAGAAGGCACGGCAGCUACUCUUCAACCUCAGGAGGCUGAAGAAAUUCGGCCUGUCCCUGAGGGGAAGGAUAUUAUUAUUGUUUCAUUCAAUUCUCAAUUCCCCCCUUGCUGCUCCCCCUAUGGACAUUUUACACCCUGUGCAUGUGACCCUGUGCAUGUGACUAAUAAACUCAUCUAAUCUAAUGCAAUCUUGUAUUCCUAUUUGAACUUUGUUGUGCUUUUAAAUGGUUGAAAGCGCAGUGAUAAUAAAUGUAGGUGACAACUAAACCAAAAAUCAGACAUAUAUUUUCCAUUGGAAUUUGGUUGUGCUUUUAGAUGGUUGACAGCAUAGAGAUAACACAUUGGGAAUUCAACAAACUUUUGGCUGUCUUUUUGAUUGGGUGAAAAUAUUGUUGAACUCUCAUUAAUCAACAUGUCUACCAAAUAUUUCCCAAUUCUCCACGUUGAAAUGAUGUGGUGUACCCAGUGGGCUAUUCAUUUAAACAUUUGAAUCGGGGAACAAUGCUUAUAGGUGAAUCAUUACAUCCCUAGUACUAAGGCAAGAAAAUGAUCAGAAGUUCUGUAAAUGUAUUUGAGAAUUGUAUCAUUGCUAUUCUGCUAUACUGUAGAUACGUUUCAACACAGAUCCAAAAAUUGCUUGUAUGCGAUUGAGAAAAACUAUAAUGUGAAGUUGAUAAAUGAAGUAAGCGUGUUGUUGUUUUGACAGUGCAGUCUACAGUAGCACAUGGUCAGUUUACGCUCCAUUUCCACUUUUCUAUUUCCCGAUCGUCAUAGGAGAGCCUCGUUAGAGCCAGGUCCUCCCUCCCUCUAAUGUUGUGUGUUACUGUGUUUGUCCAAGACUGUGAGAGAGUGUGUGCUUGUGUAGAUUUUGAAGGGGUGCUUGUGUUUGUCAGUGUAUUCAUGCUUGGAUGUGUGCACGUGUGUGUUUGCCUGUGUGUGUGUGUGUGUUUGCCUGUGUGUGUGUGUGUGUGUGUGUGUGUGUGUGUGUGUGUGUGUGUGUGUGUGUGUGUGUGUGUGUGUGUGUGUGUGUGUGUGUGCGUGCGUGCGUGCGUGUGUGUGUAUGUGGUGUGAGUCUAUGUAACUAAUAAUAGGAGGCAUUCAUCAGGGCUCUUUCUAAAGAGGAGAAGAGGAUGAGGGGGACACAAACAUAAACAGAGCUGAUUGCAGUUGGCUUCGCCAAACCACAACCUAGGCUCAUAACAACACUGGGGCCAAAGCCAUGCUCUUUCUAAGUAACUCAGCACUCUGAAUAGCCCGUUUGGGUUAAUUCAGGGAGUCAGUGGGGAUGCGUACAGCAUUCUUAAUUAGCCUAGAGAUGUUCGGGUAGGCAGCCCGGCCUGUGUUGUGAAUUCCCCAAGUGAAGCAUGGCUGGGUUGGCUAUGCUCACUCAAGUAGGGGCUCCUUUUGAUGGUGAUCCUUAAUUGCCUUUUGAUCAGCCUCAAAGCCAUGGGAAUCUCUAGGACAUGUGAUGUUGAAUCCCAUAGGGAUGAACAAUCUUGGAUUAAUGUACAUUCCAUCCACAAAGCAGCAUGGAUUAGAUGCUUAAAUUAGAGGUAGCCCUAACCCACAGAUCUUGGAUCAGAUUACCAUAUCCCUAGUCUUAACCUUACAUAAUAACUUGACUAAAUAAUACCUGGCUGCAUCUUUGGACUGGGCAGGCAUACCCACCCUGCAUCCCACUGCUGGCUUGCCUCUGAAGCUAAGCAGGGAUGGUCCUGGUCAGUCCCUGGAUGGGAGACCAGAUGCUGUUGGAGGGCCAGUAGGAGGCACUCUUUCCUCUGGUCUAAAGACAUAUCCCAAUGUCCCAGGGCAGUGAUUGGGGACAUUGCCCUGUGUAGGGUGCUGUCUUUUGGGAUGUUAAACAGGUGACCUGACUCUCUGUGGUCACUAAAGAUCCCAUGGCACUUAUCGUAAGAGUAGGGGUGUUAACCCCGGUGUCCUAGCAUACAAUCAUGGCCACCUAAUCAUCCCCAGCUUCUAAUUGGCUCAUUCAUCCUCCUUCCUCUCCCCUGUAACUAUUCCCCAGGUUGUUACUUUAAAUGAGAAUGUGCUGUCAGUCAACUUGCCUGGUAAAAUAAGGUUUAAAAUAGUGGUGUUAGUAACUGUAUUUAUUAAGGAUCGCCAGCAGCUACUCUUCCUGGGGUCCAGCAACAUUAAGGCAGUUAUAGACAGUGGUAGUAGUAGUGGUGGUGAUGAUGAAGAUAAUAUCAUAUAAUGAAUAUAACGAUGACAAUAUAUACUGAGUGUACAAAACAUUAGGAACACCUUAAUAUUGAGUUGCACUCCCUUUUGCCCUCGGAACAGCCUCAAUUCAUCGGGGCAUGGACUAAAAGGUGUCGAAAGCAUUCCACAGGGAUGCUGGCCCAUGUUGACUCCAAUGCUUCCCACAGUUGUGUCAAGUUGGCUGGAUGUCCUUCGGGUAGUGGACCAUUCUUGAUACACACAGGAAACUGUUGAGCAUGAAAAACCCAUCAGUGUUGCAGUUCUUGACAUACUCAAACCGGUACGCCUAGCACCUACUACAAUACCCCGUUUAAAGGCAGUUAAAUCUUUUGUCUUGCCCAUUCAUCCUCUGAAUGGCACACGUACACAAUCCAUGUCUCAAUUGUCUCAAGGCUUAAAAACCCUUCUUUAACCUGUCUCCUCUCCUUCAUCUACACUGAUUGAAGUGGAUUUAACAGGUGACAUCAAUAAGGGAUCAUAGCUUUCACCUGGAUUCACCUGGUCAGUCUAUGUCAUGGAAAGAGCAGGUGUUCCUAAUGUUUAUACACUCAGUGUAUGUGACUAUAAUGGUAAUGUAGUAGUGGUGUGGUAGUAGUAGUGGUAGUAGUAGUAGUAGUAGUAGUAGUAGUAGUAGUAGUAAUAGUGGGAGUUGUAUUACAAGUGGUGGUUAUAUUGCCUGGGGAACAAUAGAAUUGGACAGAAGUGUUGUGCAAAAACUCAAUUGGUAUAGCCUGAUUCUCUUCGCUCAAUAUGUGCUUGUAUAAGCUGCAAAUAUCCUUUGCCUGUGGCAGGUAGAAGACAUGCUACAUGCCGCCCCCUAAAACCCCUGAAUUCAAAACAUUCUUCAUCUGAUCAAUUAGUGGCUGUGCCCCUUGGCAAAGGAUGGCGGUGCCCCCCUUUCUUGAGCCAAGGUAAACCCCCAACUCCUAAAGCCCAUGACCAAAGUUUUUCUAUGAUCCACAUACUGUAACAAAACGGGCCUCUCUGAAAUGAGUGGUGGGCUAGCUGAAGGAUGAUGUCACAGUACUGCAUUCUGUGAGAAAAAGGCCAGCUGUUUGUAAUUGGUGGCGGUGGGAUCGCCUGCAGUACAGGAGCGUUAUAUAAGCCAACAAGUUAAGGCAAGUCACCGAUACACAGACCCAACUGGCCGUGAGGCUUUCAUCUGCCCCAGUGAGAACUUAGCCUGCCUUCUGGCCUGUCCACACCUCCAUUGAUGUUUAGGGGCCUGGGGACAACCUUGAUAAAACACUGAAAAAUACGGCCGUGUUGUGUUAAAGAGAAGGGUCAAGGUCACGUAUGCAACCUAAUAUAAUGCAAACAAUAUAGUGAAGGGUGGAAAAACGUCCCUGGGGAUGUCUGUUGGACAGCUGGACAGCCAUAACACAGCUAUUAAAGAAGAAAUGGCACAUUAGUAACAACUAACGCGUUCAUGACGUUAAGCAACCCAGUGCAUCUGAGGUUUCUCACGCUUUAUUUAUACUGCACUGAACAUAUUGUCUACUGUACACAUUCUGCCAAGCAAAUUGCCCUUUCACCUAAAUGAUAGUAUCAAGUCUCUAUUUAUACCUUAUCUUUACUCUCCUUACCUUUCCCUUAUAUUUCAGGGAACUGGGGAGGGAUUUGUUCACGACACACGCUCAUGCGGGAUGGUAGCAACGCCAGUCUGAACACAGGCCUGAUCACGCUGCAGAACUACGGCCAGUACCUGCCCCCCCGACAUGUUCAACUCACCCUGGCCCACGAACUGGGCCACAGCCUGGGUGCCCCUGUGAGUUCUGGACAGUAUCACACUUGCCUAUCCUUAAUGUUUUACCCCCAUUGGAGUCCUAGCACUUUCCUUUACUUGUUAUCUUAAUGAUAUUUGGUGUUUGACAUGUCACUUCAUUACAUUACCUAUUGUGUUGUACUGGUCAUGCUGCAGCUCUCUAAAUUAAUUUGUUGCAGGAAUUGAACCCUGUGCGCAAAGGCGUUCUUAUUUCUUGGAAUUCAGACAGUAUGUGAAAUAGCUGUUUGCACAUGUUGAGCUUAAAUUUUACAUGUAUUAAAUGUAGAGUUCACAUGUUAACACCACCUUUUCACAUGUGAGGAGAAUCAUAUGUCUUCAUGUUUUUGCAGUUUCACAUGUUAAAAACGUUUACAUCUGAGAAUCGGAUAUGCUGUUUCACGUUAAGAAAAUAUCACUUUCACAUGUGGAAUUGUAGGUUCACAUGUAAGUUGCAUUGUCACUUGAAAGUUUUUCACGUAUGAAACUGCAGAUUAGAUUUUUACAUGUGAUUGUUUUUCACAUAUGAACUUGCAAAAAAACUCCACAUUUACGCCAGUGUUUGUAAACAAAGUAAAUGUAGACAAACCAUGGUUGAAACUAUAAUUUUUAUAUCAGGGAUGGUCAGUCCUUGCAUCCAUAGCAUAGUCUCCUUGCAUCGAUAGCGUAGUCUAUGGAUUUGAGAGUGGUUGCAUUUCUCCAGCCCCAUCCCUCAACUUUAAACACCUUUACUAGAGUAACAGUGUUAUUAUAUGAUGCAAUCCUCUAGUGAGUGAGUUACUUUUGAUGUUGAGAACAUCAAAAUAAUUUUUAAAUGCGAGAGCAAAUGAAUUGUAAAUGGAUAGCCAAAAAUAGUUCGUGAUUUUUUAAAUUUAUGAUAAUGCAAUUAAAUAAAACGGCUCCUUCUUUCCUGCAAUUUUCCCUAUCUUUGGUUAUGUUACCCUGGCCUUUUUUUAUUUGCAAGUUUUAGUGUAUUAAUUCCAGCAACAUAGCACCCUACAUCCCACUGCUGGUUUGCCUCUGAAGCUAAGCAGGGUAGGUCCUGGUCAGUUCCUGGAUGGGAAAGCAGACCAUGCUGGAAGUGGUGAAAAUAAACGUGUGGGGAAAAAAUUUACGUGUGAAACUUCACACUUGUCCGAAAGCCCCGUCUGAGCCAUGUGAAAAUGUCACUGUUGAAAUUUUUCAAAUGUGAUUUGUUCACACGUGUCCGAAAACCAAGUGUUUUUUUUUCACGUGAUUUUUUCAUGUUUUGUUUUUGUGAGGAAGACCUUCCUUCCCUGGCCUUUGGUCAAACAGGAUUUGUUUUGAGUGUGUAUAUGUAGUAUGACCAAUCCCAAUGAUCCGCCAGUUCUUAAUUUCCCACGUAUUGAGCACACUUAAAGCUCCAUGUCUGUUUGCAUUGUUCCAGAACAAAACAAUCUGCAAAUGUUCCACUUCACUGCUGCCGAUGUUAUAAAAGUUUAUCUUUAUUGACUAAUGCAGAGCGAUUCACCGAAACUUGGGUUAUUUUUCUGUUUUUAAAUCACUAAUUUACCUAUGUAAUUGACCUAUGUCACUUCAAUUAUUUUAUUUUUUAGCUACAGUGGGGAAAAAAAGUAUUUAGUCAGCCACCAAUUGUGCAAGUUCUCCCACUUAAAAAGAUGAGAGAGGCCUGUAAUUUUCAUCAUAGGUACACGUCAACUAUGACAGACAAAAUGAGGAAAAAAAAUCCAGAAAAUCACAUUGUAGGAUUUUUAAUGAAUUUAUUUGCAAAUUAUGGUGGAAAAUAAGUAUUUGGUCAAUAACAAAAGUUUCUCAAUACUUUGUUAUAUACCCUUUGUUGGCAAUGACACAGGUCACACGUUUUCUGUAAGUCUUCACAAGGUUUUCACACACUGUUGCUGGUAUUUUGGCCCAUUCCUCCAUGCAGAUCUCCGCUAGAGCAGUGAUGUUUUGGGGCUGUCGCUGGGCAACACGGACUUUCAACUUCCUCCAAAGAUUUUCUAUGGGGUUGAGAUCUGGAGACUGGCUAGGCCACUCCAGGACCUUGAAAUGCUUCUUACGAAGCCACUCCUUCGUUGCCCGGGCGGUGUGUUUGGGAUCAUUGUCAUGCUGAAAGACCCAGCCACGUUUAAUCUUCAAUGCCCUUGCUGAUGGAAGGAGGUUUUCACUCAAGAUCUCACGAUACAUGGCCCCAUUCAUUCUUUCCUUUACACGGAUCAGUCGUCCUGGUCCCUUUGCAGAAAAACAGCCCCAAAGCAUGAUGUUUCCACCCCCAUGCUUCACAGUAGGUAUGGUGUUCUUUGGAUGCAACUCAGCAUUCUUUGUCCUCCAAACACGACGAGUUGAGUUUUUACCAAAAAGUUAUAUUUUGGUUUCAUCUGACCAUAUGACAUUCUCCCAAUCCUCUUCUGGAUCAUCCAAAUGCACUCUAGCAAACUUCAGACGGGCCUGGACAUGUACUGGCUUAAGCAGGGGGACACGUCUGGCACUGCAGGAUUUGAGACCCUGGCGGCGUAGUGUGUUACGGAUGGUAGGCUUUGUUACUUUGGUCCCAGCUCUCUGCAGGUCAUUCACUAGGUCCCCCCGUGUGGUUCUGGGAUUUUUGCUCACCGUUCUUGUGAUCAUUUUGACCCCACGGGGUGAGAUCUUGUGUGGAGCCCCAGAUCGAGGGAGAUUAUCAGUGGUCUUGUAUGUCUUCCAUUUCCUAAUAAUUGCUCCCACAGAUGAUUUCUUCAAACCAAGCUGCUUACCUAUUGCAGAUUCAGUCUUCCCAGCCUGGUGCAGGUCUACAAUUUUGUUUCUGGUGUCCUUUGACAGCUCUUUGGUCUUGGCCAUAGUGGAGUUUGGAGUGUGACUGUUUGAGGUUGUGGACAGGUGUCUUUUAUACUGAUAACAAGUUCAAACAGGUGCCAUUAAUACAGGUAACGAGUGGAGGACAGAGGAGCCUCUUAAAGAAGAAGCUACAGGUCUGAGAGCCAGAAAUCUUGCUUGUUUGUAGGUGACCAAAUACUUAUUUUCCACCAUAAUUUGCAAAUAAAUUCAUUAAAAAUCCUACAAUGUGAUUUUCUAGAAUCUUUUUUCUCAAUUUGUCUGUCAUAGUUGACGUGUACCUAUGAUGAAAAUUACAGGCCUCUCUCAUCUCUUUAAGUGGGAGAACUUGCACAAUUGGUGGCUGACUAAAUACUUUUUUCCCCCACUGUAUAUGCGCACAUUGCACAGUUUCUGUAGAGAUAAAUCAGCUCAAGCCCUUACUGUGCAAUGCAGUAGGGAGUUGUAAUUUCCAACAGGCAAAUAUUCGACAUAGUUUAGGGCAGAAAACGUUGUAAUUAACUACAAUGACCAUAAUCCAUUGCAUACCUACUUGUCCAGUCUGUGAUUCUUUCAGCCUGCUACAUAAAAGAGACAGAAGAAUGUGCGAUGUAGAGGGAUAGAUUGACAGAGAGCAGUUGCUUCCCAAGGUACUGUAUCUCUACCUGAAAAUAAAUGACUUAAGUGAUUGAUAGUUGGUAUUCAGCAGUCAUAAAAUGCCUUAUUUACUUUGAAGAACUACAAAAAUUGUGAUUUUGUCAGACAGCAUAGGAAGCAACUCUAUAGAGAUGAGAUUAUGACUUGGAAUUAAAUAAUAAAGUCAUCAAAUAAAACAAAUGUAAUAUACACAAGUAAUGUGAUUCAAUUAUGGGUAAUAAGUGAUAAGCAUUAAUGGGCAGUCACUACCAUCAUGGGACUUUUAUUAAUUGUUUUAUUCUGUGUUGUUACAGCAUUCAACCCACAUAAUGCAUAGUGAAUUUAAUGUUUUAAAAAACAAUCGAAACCGAAAACCGUGAUUGUUUUUAUUAAUCGAAGAAACUACCUCAAAAACUACCUCAAAAAGCCCUAAUCGCUCAGCACUACGAAUGUACAGUAUUUUUGUUACAUUACAGUCUUAUUCUAAAAUGGAUUAAAUAAUUUUUCCCUCAUCAAUCUACACAAAAUACCCCAUAAUGACGAAGCGAAAACAGGUUUUUAGAAAACAGAAAUACCUUAUUUACAUAAGUAUUCAGACCCUUUGCUAUGAGACUCGAAAUUGAGCUCAGGAGCAUCCUGUUUCCAUUGAUCAUCCUUGAGAUGUUUCUACAACUUGAUUGGAGUCCACCUGUAGUAAAUUAAAUUGAUUGGACAUGAUUUGGAAAGGCACACACCUGUCUUUAUAAGGUCCCACAAUUCACAGUACAUGUCAAAAACCAAGCCAUGAGGUCGAAGGAAUUGUCCGUAGAGCUCCGAGACAGGAUUGUGUCGACGCACAGAUCUGGGGAAGGGUACAAAAAAUUUCUGCAGCAUUGAAGGUCCCCAAGAACACAGUGGCCUCCAUCAUUCUUCAAUGGAAGAAGUUUGGAACCACCAAGACUAUUCCUAGAGCUGGCCGCCUGGCCAAACUGAGCAAUCGGGGGAGAAGGACCUUGGUCAGGGAGGUGACCAAAAACCCGAUGGAGGAGAUGGGAGAACCUUCCAGAAGGACAACCAUCUCUGCAGCACUCCACCAAUCAGGCCUUUAUGGUAGAUUGGCCAGAUGGAAGCCACUCCUCAGCAAAAGGCACAUGCCAGCCCGCUUGGAGUUUGCCAAAAGGCACCUAAAAGACUCUCAGACCAUGAGAAACAAGAUUUUCUGGUCUGAUGAAACCAAGAUUGAACUCCUUAGCCUGAAUGCCAAGCGUCAUGUCUGGCGGGAACCUGGCCCCAUCCCUACGGUGAAGCAUGGUGGUGGCAGCAUCAUGCUGUGAAGAUGUUUUUCAGCGGCAGGGAUUGGGAGACUAGUCAGGACCGAGGGAAAGCUGAACGGAGCAAAGUACAGAGAGAUCCUUGAUGAAAACCUGCUCCAGAGCGCUCAGGACCUCAGACUGGGGCCAAGGUUCACCUUCCAACAGUACAAUGACCCUAAGCACACAGCCAAGACAACGCAGGAGUGGCUUCGGGACAAGUCUCUGAAUGUCCUUGAGUGGCCCAGCCAGAGCCCGGACUUGAACCCGAUUGAGCAUCUCUGGAGAAACCUGAAAAUAGCUGUGCAGCGAUGCUCCCCAUCCAACCUGACAGAGCUUGAGAGGAUCUGCAGAGAAGAAUGGGAGAAACUCCCCAAAAACAGGUGCGCCAAGCUUGUAGCGUCAUACCCAAGAAGACUCGAGGCUGUAAUUGCUGCCAAAGGUGCUUCAACAAUGUACUGAGUAAAGGGUCUGAAUACUUAUGUAAAUGUGAUAUUUCCGUUUUUUAUUUUUCAUUGCAAAAAUGUUUAAAAACCUGUUUUUGCUUUGUCAUGAUGGGUAUUGUGUUUAGAUUGAUGAGGGGGAAAACAAUUUAAUCAAUUUCAGAAUAAGGCUGUAACGUAACAAACUAUGGAAAAAGUCAAGGGGUCUAAAUACUUUCCGAAGGCACUGUAUGUUAUGGAGUCUUGGCACAUGCUCACACUUAUUUUAAAAGGCUGCCAUAAAUGGGAGGCUUUCAAUUUUCCUCACCACAGGUGUUUUUCGCAGAACAAUACAUUUUUAGAUCCACCACCAGCACCAUCUACGACCUUUCUCCAACUGCCUAGAAUGCCAACACCCCACCCCACCCCACUCCACCACCACCCCUCCCCCAUACACUGCUCCCCCAGAGAUGUUAUUCACACUUCCAUAGGCAGCAAUGGAUUCUUCCCAAGCGUUCCUGCACAGAUUAGUUCUGCUACAGCAUGUCGGUCUGUGACCCUUUUAUAAAUCCAGCAGGUUCUUGGCUGAGUGGUGCGUCCACUGACAGGCAUGCCUCAUUGUUUCCAGAUGGAGGAUGGGAUAGGACACAGAGAGAUCAGAGGGCCUGCUUCACCUGAGAUUUAUGAUGAGGGGGAAGGGGGAGGUAGGGGGUCUGAGGGGAGAGAGGGGCCCUGACCUUUGGCCUAUUUUGGUAAUGAUAUUCUCUCACAUAGUCCCAUAGCGUCUGGAAACCCUCUUGCUAUCCUCAGUGACAGCAUGGCCCUCUGAGAGAAAGAGGGAAGAGAGAGGGAAAAGUGAGAGAAGACAGAGAGAAGAAUCAGUGAAGGAAAAAAAAUAAUCCUGAACCUAACAAAGGGGUCUCAGUCAUUUGUCUCAACAUAGUUUAUUUCCCCCUUAAACUGUUCUAAGUGACUUAAACUGUUCUAAGUGAUUACAUUAACCAGCCCAUAUUAACAUCUCAACAGCGGAUUAAAACAAAUGAACGAUUGGACCACAUAAUUUUUUCUGGUAGAUAAUCAGAGAAAGUGCGUCUUGGAGAGAUCCAGAGAAGAAGGCCUCAGGGCUGUAUCUAUCUGUGCUGUCCUGGGUGUUUUUUUAAUUUAUUUUAAUUUAACCUUUAUUUAACCAGGUAAGCCAGUUGAGAACAAGUUCUCAUUUACAACUGCGACCUGGCCAAGAUAAAGCAAAGCAGUGCGAUAAAAACAACAACAGAGUUACAUAUGGGGUAAACAAAACAUAAAGUCAAAAAUACAACAGAAAAUAUAUAUACAGUGUGUGCAAAUGUAGUAAAUGGUGGAGGUAAGGCAAUAAAUAAAUAGGCCAUAGUGCAAAAUAAUUAGAAUUUAGUAUUAACACUGGAAUGAUAGAUGUGCAAAAGAUGAUGUGCAAAUAGAGAUACUGGGGUGCAAAUUAGCAAAAUAAAUAACAAUAUGGGGAUGAGGUAGUUGGAUGGGCUAAUUACAGAUGGGCUGUGUACAGGUGCAGUGAUCGGUAAGCUGCUCUGACAACUGACUCCUAAAGUUAGUGAGGGAGAUAAGAGUCUCCAGCUUCAGAGAUUUUUGCAGUUCGUUCCAGUCAUUGGCAGCAGAGAACUGGGUGUGUUGUUUGUUAUGAGCACAUUGUAUUCCUCUUCCAGAAUCAUGGCCAUCAGCACUUUUGUCUCUCACCUAAAAUUACCUUCAUUUAAGUUAACAAGCAUUUGCAAUAAAGAGACUUGGUUUUAGUCUUAAGCCUGGGAUCUUGAGGGGAAUGAACUCUUUAUUUUAAAAAUGUUUACCAUGACUUCAGUAGUUGCUUUCCCAGAAUCACCCCAUACAAAUCUCUCCAAUAGUCUUACUUUUAAUGAAAAAGGAUAUUCAGUAAUAACUUCAUUUUCAUCUGGUGGAAAUGAUUGAAUUUGACAUAAAUAUGUCUGAAUAUGAGGGCCCCAAUGUCCAUAAUCUUGUACUAGAAGGAGACAAAACUUAUUGAGGUCAUUCUACUGUGAAGUAGAACCUUUAUGUUCUGUGUUGUAUUUGCUUCUCAGCACGAUGAAGGUUUUGAUUGUGGGAACCUGGGUUCUUCUGGAGGGAAAGGCAGGUUCCUGAUGUUCCCUCACGCUACCAACGAGGUCCGGGAGAACAACGAUAAAUUCUCUCCCUGCAGCAUCAAGCAUAUCAGCCGAGUCCUGAAAGUCAAGAAGGAUGACUGCUUUGUGGGUGAGGAGCUAGGUCUAAACAAACGAGACCUCCUCUGUGGAAAAGAGGACAUCAAUAGCAUGUAGUGUUCUGUCUCUCUACAAUGCCUUCAGAAAGUAUUCACACCCUUUGACUUUUUCCACAUUUUGUUGUGUUAAAGCCUGAAUUUAAAAUGGAUUAAAUUUAGAUUUUUUUGUCACUUCCCUACACACAAUACCUGAUAAUGUCAAAGUGGAAUUAUGUUUUUCAAAAUGUUUACAAAUUAAUUAAAAAUGAAAAUCUGAAAUGUCUUGAGCAAUAAGUAUUCAAGCACUUUGUUAUGGCAUGCCUAAAUAAAUUCAGUAGUAAAGAUCACAUAAUCACAUAAUAAAUUGCAUGGACUCACUGUGUGCAAUAAUAGUGUUUAAAGUGAUUUUUGAAUAACUACCUCAUCUCUUUACCCCACAAAUACAAUUAUCUGUAAUCUCCCUCAGUCGAGCAGUGACUUUUUAAACAGAUUCAACCACAAAGACAAGGGAGGUUUUCCAAUGCCUAACAAAUAAGGGCCCCUAUUGGUAGAUAGUAAACACAAAAAAACAGACAUUUAACAUCCCUUUGAGCAUGGUGAAGUUAUUAAUUACACUUUGGAUGGUGUAUCGAUACACCCAGUCACUACAAAGAUACAGGAAUCCUUCCUAACUCAGUUGCCGGAGAGGAAGAAAACCACUCAGCGAUUUCACCAUGAGGCCAGUGGUGACUUUAAAACAGUUACAGAGCUUAAUGGCUGUGAUAGGAGAAAACUGAGGAUGGAUCAACAACAUUGUAGUUACCCCACAAUACUAACCUAAUUGACAGAUUGAAAAGAGGGAAGCCUGUACAGAAUAAAAGUAUUCCAAAACAUGCAUCCUGUUUGCAACAAGUCACUAAAGUAAUACUGCAAAAAUGUGGCAAAGCAAUUAACUUUUUGUCCUAAAUACAAAGUGUUAUGUUUGGGGCAAAUCCAAUACAACGCAUGAUGUUACGCUUGUAAUUGUUAAGGACUGGGGAGUUUUUUAAAAUAAAAAAUAAAUGGAAUGUAGCUAAGCACAGGCAAAACCCUAGAAGAAAACCUGGUCCAGUUUGCUUUCCACCAGACACUGGGAGAUGAAUUCACCUUUCAGCAGGACAAUAACCUAAAACACAAGGCCAAAUCUACACUGAAGUUGCUUACCAAGAAGACAGUGAAUGUUACUGAGUGGCCGAGUUACAGUUUUGACUUAAAUCUACUUGAAAAUCUAUUACAAGACCUGAAAAUGGUUGUCUAGCAAUGAUCAACAACCAAUUUGACAGAGCUUGAAGAAUUUUGAAAAUAAUAAAUGGGCAAAUGUUGCACAAUCCUGGUGUGGAAAGCUCUUAGAGACUUACCCAGAAAGACUCACAGCUGUAAUCACUGCCAAAGGUACUACUACAAAGUAUUGACUCAGGGGUGUGAAUACUUAUGUAAAUGAGAUAUUUCAUUUUCAUUUUCAAUACAUUUGCAAAAAUGUCAAAAAACAUGUUUUACUUUGUCAUUAUGGGGUAUUGUGUGUAGAUGGGUGAGAUAUAAAAAAAUAAAAAUAAUAAUCCAUUUUGAAUUCAGGCUGUAACACAACAAAAUAUGGAAUACGUCAAGUGGUAUGAAUAAUUUCUGAAGGCACUAUCUCUCUGUGUCUCUGUGUCUCUCUCUGGGUCUCUCUCUCUCUCUCUCUUUCUCUAAUCUGAUUAAUUCCAAUCAUUUAAGAAGAUACUCCAUCUACACGAGUCAGCAGUGUUGAGAUGAGCUGAUGUGUGUGGCUAUAUGUGUUCUGUCCUGUCAGUCAGUGAUCAGCCCAUCUGUGGGAAUCAGAUUGUAGAGGAGGGGGAGGAGUGUGACGUGGGCCACAACGAGACAGACCUCUGUUGCCACAGCGCCAAGGAAUCUGUGGGCAUCCAGUGUCACCUGAAACCAGACAAGAAGUGCAGGUAAUUUCUGUUCAAAAGUUUAGCAAAUAAAAUCAGUAGUAGGAUUAAAAUUGUCCCUUUGCUAUUUGCUGAUCCUAGAUCUGUUUCUAUGGGUAAUUUCAAUCCAAAGUUUACAGAACAUCACCCAUCACUUUUGGCAAAGCAGAGUUGUGGUUGUGGCUGUGAGGAUAAUUACCUAUUGUCUUACCAUUCAAAAACAAAACAGUAAACCACAACACCUAUAUUAUGAAAUUGUCUCUCUUUGUCUGUCCGCCCACCUGUCUCUGUCUGUCUGUCUGUCUAUCUGUUUGUCUUUCUGUCUGUCCCCUCAGUUCCAGUCAGGGUCUGUGCUGUGGGCCAGCGUGUGUCUUGAAGCCGUUAGGGGUCAGCUGUGAGGAGGAGUCAGACUGUCAGCUGGAGAGUGUGUGCUCUGGCCUCUCCCCCAUCUGCCCCAAGCCUGCAGCCAAGGCCAACAUGACCGAAUGCAGUCUGGGCACCCGGGUGUGUCUCAACGGGGUGAGCACCGCAGGAGGGCCAGACAAUGACUCAACAUUUUCACCCAUUGCACCCACUGUCUCAACAGUAUCCACUUUCACAGGAUCUGUUGUCCUUGGUUGCCAACUUGAGGACAUUUACUCCAUUCUUUCACCCAUUCAGAUGAUAAAUGGGGUUCUGAGUUUGGAGAGUCGUUCUGCAUGUGAAGAUUGCUCAACUUUUUCAAUGUAAAUUCUAUAUGUAUGGCUCUCUAUGGGGGCAUAAAUCCUGAAAUAUAAGAUUUGGGCCAGAACCCAUUUGUGACGCAACCUGGAGCAGGGAACAAGUUAACUGAACACGGAUGAUAAGGAUUUGUGGGAAUGAGCAGGCCUGUCCGGCAUGUUUUUCUGUGAGACUUCACUGUGGGCCAUAAUGUACUUGUGCUCAUCCAGGCUUCAGUGUUCUCCUCUCUCUUAUUCUCCUUUCAUUCUCUCUAUGCCCUCUCCCCUCUCUCCUCUAUUUCACCCUCCCUCUUUCCCUCUAUCCUUCCCUUCCUCUUCCCCUAUCCUUUUCCCUUUCUCCAUCUCUCUCUCUCGCUCCGUUCUUCACUCUCCCCUAUCCUUUUCCCUUUCUCCAUCUAUCUCUCUCGCUCCGUCUUUCACUCUCCCCUAUCCUCUCCCCUCUCUCCUCUAUUUCACCCUCCCUCUUUCCCUCUAUCCUUCCCUUCCUCUUCCCCUAUCCUUCUCCCUUUCUCCAUCUCUCUCUCUCGCUCCGUUCUUCACUCUCUCCUAUCCUUUUCCCUUUCUCCAUCUCUCUCUCUCGCUCCGUCCUUCACUCUCCCCUAUCCUUUUCCCUUUCUCCAUCUCUCUCUCUCGCUUCGUCCUUCACUCUCCCCUAUCCUUUUCCCUUUCUCCAUCUCUCUCUCUCGCUCCGUCCUUCACUCUCCCCUAUCCUUUUCCCUUUCUCCAUCUCUCUCUCUCGCUUCAUCCUUCACUCUCCCCUAUCCUUUUCCCUUUCUCCAUCUCUCUCUCUCUCUCGCUCCUUCCUUCACUCUCCCCUAUCCUUUUCCCUUUCUCCAUCUCCCUCUCUCGCUCUGUCCUUCACUCUCCCCUAUCCUUUUCCCUUUCUCCAUCUCUCUCUCUCGCUCCGUCCUUCACUCUCCCCUAUCCUUUUCCCUUUCUCCAUCUCUCUCUCUCGCUCCGUCCUUCACUCUCCCCUAUCCUUUUCCCUUUCUCCAUCUCUCUCUCUCGCUCCGUUCUUCACUCUCCCCUAUCCUUUUCCCUUUCUCCAUCUCUCUCUCUCGCUCCAUUCUUCACUCUCCCGUAUCCUUUUCCCUUUCUCCAUCUCUCUCUCUUGCUCCAUCCUUCACUCUCCCCUAUCCUUUUCCCUUUCUCCAUCUCUCUCUCUCGCUUCGUCCUUCAAUCUCGCCUAUCCUUUUCCCUUUCUCCAUCUCUCUCUCUCGCUCCGUCCUUCACUCUCCCCUAUCCUUUUCCCUUUCUCCAUCUCUCUCUCUCGCUCCGUCCUUCACUCUCCCCUAUCCUUUUCCCUUUCUCCAUCUCUCUCUCUCGCUCCGUCCUUCACUCUCCCCUAUCCUUCUCUCUCCAUUUCUCCCUCUAUUUCUCAGAAUUGUGCUAAGUCACUGUGUGUGAGGUACGGCCUGGAGCAGUGUGACUGUCUGGGAGAGUCCAAGAAAGAAAAGUGCCACAUGUGCUGCCGACAGCCGGGUAACCACAAUUCCCCUCUUCUCCUCCCUCACCCUCAUUUCCUCAGCUGUGCUUAGAUCUGGGGAAAGUGUUUAUGACUGGGGGACAAACAAGGCUGUGUACAUUUACUUUGAGAUUCCCAUCAUAAUACAUUCUUCUGUUUGAAUACCCACAUCUGAUGUGCAGUGCUGUGUAAAAGUACAAUUUAACAAGGAUAAGGAGCUUAGUUACAAAUGUGUGCAUGUGUUUUUCCACUCAGUAAACUCAAUCAUUUCACCUAUAACAAAAUGUUCACUGUAUUUCUCCAUGUAUUUAUUCACCUCAGACAAGCCUGCAACCUGUGCCAGCACCACAUCCUCUGUCUUGACCAGGCAUUUCCAGGGAAAGCGUGUAGCCUUGGUUGCCGGGGCGCCGUGUUCAGCCAAGCAGGGCUACUGCGACAUGUUCCAGGUGUGUCGCAUCCUGGACGCUGAUGGGCCCAUCGCCAGGCUGAAGAACUCCUUCCUCCACCUGGUAGACCUGGAUGAGUUUGACGACCUGGCUGAGUGGAUAAAGGUUUGUUUUAUGUUUGUUGUGCUUUAGGGGGUUGGCUAUCUAUCUACACUAUGACGUAUUUAUUUUACAACAGGCCAGAGGAUCCUAGCAGAUGUGGUGUGUUGAGAUGCGUAUUGAGCUCAGAGUGUGUAUGGAAAGCUUCCUCUUUUGAUGUUCUUCGUUCAGAUGUUCCAGCCUCAGUUGGCUUUGAGCUUUGGUCUCACUAGAAAGCGCGACGAAUCAGGAAUGCCCACAGGGAUUUAAAAGAGCUGCUCAGGUGUGUCAUGUUGAGUUAGCGAGACGGUGACACAUACUAGUGCUUAAAUUUAACACUCCUACAAUUGGUUUGGGAGCCAUGCCAGCUAAAGUUUAUUAGGCUGUGAUAUGGCAAUAGUAGUGUUUCCAUACCACAGAUGAAUCGGCUAAUGCAUGCCAUUGGUUCCAUCCAAAUGAGUGUGACACAUUUGGAAUGCUAGCUGACUAACAUCCUGUAGCAAAUGGCUUCAUGUCACCUCAAGUCAAUGUGAAUUGAAGUAAAUUGCAGUGGUGUUUUGACUAUUUAACAGCUGACUAUAGCAGAUUGGAACUAAAGUGUGUGAGUGUUUGACUUGUUGUGCUCUUGUUGUCCGCAGACUCACUGGUGGGCCAUUCUCCUGGCCAUCAUGACUCUGUCUGCCGUGAUGGUCAGUACCGUGUGCCUGUGUGGACGUACCCUGGACAUGGGUGACCCAGAGUAACCACCUGUAUCUCCAACAGUGGUGGUUGGUGCCGUUCAAGAUUAGGGAGAACUAUUUUUUUUUUUAUGAGCAUGGCCU